CACUAACCGUCUUGUCGUGUGCGGUGGCGAGUGCGCGAGUGGCGUCCACGCAUACAUACAUACACACACACACACACACACACACACACACAAACACACACACACUCACUUAAUUGUUGUGAUAAUAAUUUUAUUAAAUUGGUCGGCCGAUUAACGUUUUUAAUACAUUGCGAUAUCGUUCGAUACAGUCUAUCCGUUAAUUGCUCCGCGAGAUUGUGUUUUGGUUUUUUUUGUUUUUUGUUUUUUCUAAAUACACCGUGCGCCCGCGAAAACGGCUAUUUUAUACACGGGGGUGGAUGGGCCGCGGUCGAGCGAGUAAUAAUAAUAUUACCACCGUAACGUGUCGUGUGCGUGCGUUAUAGCGAACGGUCGUCGUCUCAUUUAUGUUCGGAGUCGCGUCGUCGCCGUCGGAAACGAAAAAAUAGUGGCGGCCGCCAUGUUCUCCAGCAGGUCCCGGUCCAGCGUCCGGCUCAAGGAACCCAAACAGAGGUUAGGGUUGGUUUUUUUUCUUUUUCUAAAGUUAUUUUUUCCAUUUGAGCCCCGUUAGCGUACCUAAUAUACGCCCGUAACCUCAUAGGUAACAACACGUAUAGGUAAUGCAGGUUCUAAUGCUCUUUAUCGGGUUUCGCACCCGCGAACCGAACAACAGAUACGCCGUGCCGUACGUACGAGACAACGCACGACAAACGAGGAUUAACGCGGGGAAAAUUACGGGCCGCGACCGUGCGGGUGGUCCUCGAGUCGAAAUAUGUCGGAUCGUGUCCCCGGGUACAUUUAUACACGAGGGUCUCGUGAACCCUCCACUACUGCUCGUAGUAGUGGUUUUUUUUUUAUGGACCUCCGAUUGUUAUCCGCUUGUAUUAAUUGUAAUCGCCGGCCGAUACGUUGUCGUAUCUUAACGCGCUAGACGAGAUUUAUUAUCACUAUGUAGGUACGCCGUGAUAUACGGCCCCUUUGAAUUACGACGCAAUCGACCGUAUAGUGAAAUAAUAUAUCGGCUCUAUACCCGCAAUAUCGCUGUCGGUAUUUAUUAAAAACGGUCACGAAAAGAGUUGACUUUUGUAAUGCGUUUCUUGUACGACUCCGAGAAACGUCUAUAUUAUAAUACGCAAUAUAAAAUAUAUAAUAAGCACCUAACAAUACGGGUAUCCGAUGAAAUCUUUCGUCUCUGCGCGGCACCUAGGCGCAUUACAAUGCCCGUAAAUAUAUCAAGGUUUGAUUUGUGCAGCGUCCGUUUUCAACAAAACGAAAAGAUACUAGUACGCUAUAAAUAUUUGAGUUUAUCGUGAUUUCGGUUAGUGAUAUCCAAUCGUAAUAAUAAAAUACCUACCCGUUUUAUUGUACGUUUUAAAACCUACCGAUCCUGUAAAUCAUCGUGCGGUGUGUUACAUGAAAUUUGAUACGACUGUUUGAUCUUGGAUAAUAAUAAAAGAUUGCGGCGUCGGCGGCGAGUUGAAUCCGACGACGGCGGCAGGUAGGUAGUUGUAGAGCAGAAUAUAAUAUGUAUAAACCCGACGUUGACUUCGGGUGCCGACAAAGACUCGGUUUUAACAAUAUCGAAUCGUUCGUGGAUAAAGCGAAGGGGAGAGACCGUCCUCGAGAAAAAUAUAUUGUCCGUACGAAAUUUUUCAUUAGGCAUCUAAUUUUCUCGUGUUAAAUAUUUAUAAUUUUCAACCGCUGCCGCCACCGCCGUUGAACGGAUGUAAAAUCUCAACGAACUUUUUAUAUCCUCCGAUACGCGUACCGUUACAGUACGAUAUAUUUGAAAACCCGAAACGGUUUUUGUUCAAUUUUCCCAAGAGAUCACUAUCGCUGAAAACUCCAUCUCCCGUAUAAUAUAUGCGAACUUAUCGCGCUACCUCAUACGACUUCCCAAGUCAUUCAAUUACACACUCGUGUGUGGGUUAUUUUAUUUUAUUCGUUUUUUUUUUUUUCAUAUUAAUACAUUUUUUUCCGUCUGGCAUUGUUGUAAACGAGCUGAAGGACAAGAAACGCGCGCAGAGAGGGGAGAGGUGGCGGAAGAAAAAAAACAAUCCACAGUCUUUUCGUGGCCCGGUAAUUGGCUUUAGUUUCGCCGACGCGUGGGAACAUUCUCAUUUGUGUACGCACAAUGACGACCAAAAUCACUUAACGAACUGUGUUCCAUGAAGUUUAAGGUUACAGUUUGUAAAUUAGACUGCUCGCCAGUUCCGUAAAACCUGUGAUUAUUCCUGCGUUUCGGUCGGAUUUGGGGCAACCGUGAGCCGCCGAGGGUUUUCGCUUUCCGACAAUGAUGGACAUCUAGAUCCGGCCCCGCAACGGUCUCGAUUGUUUGCAAUAAGCUCGUACGUCAUAACAUUUCUAUUGUUUUUCAAUAUUAUUGUUGGACAGUCGCGAUAUAGAUAUUAUAUGUACACAGAGUACACGCCUAGAAUUAUUAACUAUCAAUUUGAGAAUUUUUCAAACAAUACGUACAAAAAUAACGAAACAAAUAAUAUUGUCCGUUGGGAAAUAUACUUCUGAACGAUCAUUAGUUUUCUAUUUCCGAGUAAAUAUUAUGUAGUUUUUUAUUUGACGAUAAUAUUUUUCGAAAUAAAAAAGCUGACACUGCCGAUGGAUUCGUUUCACUGUUUUGGGAGGGAAGUUUGAAGAGAGGAUAUAGUAGGUAUAAUUAUCACUGUUUAUCUUUACGCAACUAUAAACCAUCACUAAUCUGUUGCCAAGGUAACCUAGAAGGCAAUAAAAAUUGCUGAUUUUUACUAUUUAUUGAGUAGUAUACAAGGAAAAUCGGAAAAUUACAUUCCCAUCGCACCAACUAGAUCGAAAAUACUACAAGAAAGUUUCAAUAAAAUUAUUGAUUGUAGCAAGAAUUUUGGUGCCAAGUGGGUAAAAUAUUGUUUACAGACAAAACAAAUAAACACAGCAUAGUAAAACAUUCCAAUACAUUCCUUGUUUAGUUCAGAAUCUAAAAAAAAAAAAUAUUGAAAUUAGGUAUUGAGUAAAUUUAAUGUAAUAGAUAAUUGGUUGUUCAAUAAUCUCCCGAGUAUUUUAGUAUGUAUCGAUAAUUGUAUAGUUGAAACGAAAACGAACUAUUAUAUUUAUUUUACCCGUUUGUGGUAUCUGUUAUAAUGGUAUAAAACAACAUAAUUUACCUACUGCUUAUUACCUAUUUGAUUAUCUAUUAUUAAUUUGAAAAGUCGAGUAUCCACUCAUACGAAAAAUCAAAAACAAAUCCAAAACGUUAUCAGUCAUUGUGCCUGAUAAACGAUUAUACUACGGCGAGGAAAAUCGUUUAUAAUACACAGGUGCCGUCGUCGUCGGCACCCGUACACCGUACGUGUUCCGUAAUAAAGAAUGGUAUCUCGUCGUGGCCCGGAUGAGUAGGUUAAAAACGGGUCCUUGUCGGCAGUCGGUUUUUUCUUUUUCGUUUGUUUGAUGUGUAUGCAGUAUGCACUUAAAAGGCGUCGGUGUCGUAAACGAUUGUUGUCGGCGAAAUAAAAUUUGGAUACGACAAAUAAUACAAAUAUAAUUUCUUUUUAUUCCGAACGAGUUUUCCAAUUGCGACGACCUCGAAUGUUUACUUCUAGGGACAACAAAAUCAAAAUAAAAAAAAAACUAACAACAACAUAGUCUUGAGUAUUGACGACAGACAUCCCCCGUGGAAAAGUAUAACGGUUAACGAAUUACCAUAAUGACCGGGGCACCCAGUUUUCAAACAAUAUAUUAUUAUUGUUCGGUAGAGGUGAACCGAGUAGACACGUCAAAUGAAAACAUGACGUAGUGUAUAACCAAAAUAUGUACACAGUUUAGCAAAAUGGAAUAAAAAUAAAACGUCUUUAUCUACAUAAUAAUAAAUGGACAUGUUUGUGUAUCUGACUGUGCGCAAACCGCAGUCUAUCACAUCUACCUAUCGCACGCAGAGAUUUGAAAAUUUCCAUAUAGAAUCUGGAUAAUACUUUUGCACUUCAAAGACAGAUUUCCGAAACUGAACUCCCUGAAAUAGGAUUUUUGGUAUUUUUGCUACGAAAAUCGUUUUUUUUUUUAAAAAAAAAAGUGUAUUAAUGAGUUACCUAUAGGUUCAGACAUGAAUGGCACAUAAUAAUAGAAAUUUGUAUUACAUAUUGUAAUAAAAUUCUUUGGUCCUAAGGAAGAAGGGCUUAAGUAAAUUUUUGGCAUUUUCUUUAAUAUAAUUGUGUCCUAUACAUAGUAUUUCCCUUUAUUUUUUGAUCUAAAUUGAAUAAGUAUACUUAUCUGUUUUCAAAACUGGUAAAUGAAUAGCCUAUAAGUUUGUGUAAAAGUAGUUAUUAAAAUUAUAUUUAUUUGUAUCUGUUGAAAACUAUACGAAAUUGACUUAUUCCCUUCUUCGCUAGGAUAAAUGGUGUACAUCUUGCACUGCUUUAUAUUGAAGAAAUAAAAACGGAGACACGGGGAAACAUGUGCAUUGGAAUUUCUUUUUAUCGAUUUCGGUAUUUGGUAGGGUUAUUUUUUUUUUUUUUGAAAAUUCGGCUUUUAAAUAUAAAGAAUUGGGAAGUUUAAUCGUUAAACAAUAUUAUAAUGUAAUACAUUCAAACGUAGACCGAAUAUACGCAAUGACUAAUUGAAUGUACCGCUGUUUGUUUCUAUAAUAAAGUAAUUAUAACAUAAUAAAUAUCAUGUAAUAUCGUAAAUUAUGGUGAAUUUACUUAUCGUUGAAGCGCACAGAUUUGUUGUUUCGCAUAGUCAUUGUCGAUAUCUGCAUCGUAAACCGUGAAUCUUUGAUCCUUGAAGGCAUAUUAUUAUUGUAACUAGACGGUCACGUGCUAACGGUAAAGAUUUCCUUAUGCGUAUUUCCACGCGCGGUGUCUCAUGUUAUAUAUUUAUUUAUGUUAAGAAGUAAAAGAAAAAAAAUCGUUUUCACUUCACGUUUUUUAAAUAAAUAUAAGUUUGUUCCCGAUUUAUAAAAUGAAAAUACAAACAGUGAAUAUUUUUUUUACGACUUUUAAAAUAAUAAUAAUUUAUCAUGUUAUUCGUGCUUUUGGACAAUAGACUCUCUGUACAAUAUAACCGUAUUAUAAUAACGUCUCUAGCUGUUAAGUUAAUUUUUAUUAUAUUUUAUAGGUAAUAAUAUUUUUCACAAAUAUCCCUAUAACGAUUCUUAUCGUUCAAAAUCGAGUUCAAAACGUUAUUACUCUAAUCACUAUACAGGAUUGGUCAUACGAAAAAAGCGGGUGUGACUGGGAGAUAUAUCCCCUCCGUGACUUUCCUCCCUUCAAAGUUUCUCAUAAAAUAUAUUUUAGUGUCUAUUUAUUUAUAAAUAAAAGCAUUGCAAAUAAUAAUAAUUAUUGGAAAAAAAAAAAUAAAAGAUCAACCUCGUUUCCCAUUCCCGCCACUUAGUUCACGUAAUUUGAAAACACUUCACUACACCUAGAACCUACCUAUUUAAAUUGCAUUUACUGGUUAUAUUAUGUUAAUCUUUAAUCAUUCAUUGAUCACAUUUUAUUGAAAUACCUAUAGUAUAGGAAUACUAAACAAACCACGUUAUAAAAUUGCGUUUAAUCUAAAAAAUCCUUUUUCAAAAAUAAAACAAUUGAACUCAAAUUUUAUAAUUUAUUUAAUUAAGAAAUAAAAACAAAAAAAGUCCAAAAUUACAUGUUCGUCCGAUAAAGUUAAUAUCCUUUAUUAUUCACAUUUAAUAAUAUAUUUUUUUCUUAAUCAAUGAUAUAUGAUAAAAAUUUUAAAAAAUACGACACUGACCGGUAAUAAAAUUGUAAAUAUUGUGUAAUUUAAAAUAAAUUUAAAUUAUUCACUUAACGUGAUAUAAUUAACAUUUAAUUCGUUAUUUAUUAAGUAAAUGUAACAAAAUAAAUUAUUUAAUUAAAAAUCAAAUAUUGCAGGCUCGUUUAAAAGUUAAAAUUAACUUUUUAACUCGGUAAUGCUUAACUUUCUUAUAUUUUAUACCUAUAUGUACAUACGCGCGGAAUAGAAGUAAUUUUUUCAUCGAGGACGAGCUUAUAGAGGGUUAUGAUGCGCGGUGACUUUAACGUCGUUGUCGUCGAUUGUCUCGUCGUUUAUCGUACGCUAGCGUAAAGAAUAAAAUCAUACGGAACAAAUGUUAUUGCAAUAUUGUUAGGUGCCUGCGUAUAAUGCACAGGUAUCUUUUUCGUCAGAACGGGAUCGUUUAAACGUUAUAAUAAUAAUAAAUGUAUCCGGACAAUAUUAUAUUAUUUAUACGGACGUGUCUCGCGCGCAUAUCUCGCGUGGUUAACGGUAAAGAUCGUGUCUGUUGCGCGAGCUGCUGCAGCACGGUUGUCGUCUCUCAGUGCGCGCGUUAUCUUCGUUCGGUUUUUUUUUACGUGUGUGUAUAUACAAUACAAUAAUAAUGACAGCGGACUCUGGGAGGGGGGAUUUGAAUAAGAUAAUAUACGUAUCUGAACCGCGGAGAAAACUAUAACGACUUCGUGUUUGGCGUGUCGUUUUGUGUACAUUUCGGAUUUCAUAGAUCGCGUUUACACGAAUAUCUAAACGUAGAAAGAGUAUGUGUUAAAAUUUUAAAACUGCUCUGAAAACCCGAUAAAAAUGAACACUUAAUAUCUCUGAAACAAUUUAGAAUUCGAACAUGCACUUUUUCUGCAUAUAGCGUUGUUGUUAAAACAAUAUUGUUGCACCCAUAAUCGUCUCUUAUUCUCCGCCUUCAUUCCAACUAUUUUGGGUCGGCUACCUUCGUCCUAAAGAUCCACUUGACCCGAUAUCCCACAUCAUCUUCGUAUACACCAGCCGUCCUCGUAUGAUUCUCAACCGCAUCCGACUACUCUUUUUCGUUAUUCCUCUUUCUAUCUUUCCUCCUACAUUUAUUUUCGUUUAUAUUGUAUCCGUAAUAUAUUAUGACAAUUUCGAAUAUUGGUCAAUGUUUUCCUUUCCCAUUCUUCGUCCCUUUUGAAUAAUGUAAUAAUUUAAGCUUAAUAAAUCAAAGAGUGUUAAGAUACUGUUAAAAGGACGCUACACAUGCAUUUGUAGUCUCCGUCUUACGAACGUAUGGCAAGAUAAAUCUGUAUUAUAUAUAAUUUUUAAUCGAGAUAUGAGUGCGUGAAAUAUUAUUAAUUUAAAAAUGCUCGUAUCUUGCUUAAAAAUUAAAAUAACAAAAGAAAACCCGAUGUCCGCAGACAAUGUCCUUACCUUUAAGUUUAAUAAAAGGUUAAUGAUUUUAAAACUGCUAAUUGAUCGUAAAUUCGCCAUGUCGUCGUACAUUAAGUAUUUUUUUAGAUUCCGAGUGCAGUGAAGAAUGUAUUGGUUUUACAACGGUGUUCAUUUAUUAUUAUUAUUAUUUUUUUACAUGAAUUCUUUUUCUACCUGAGAGCUUACUUCAAUGUAUAUGAUGUAGACCCUUUUCUGAAAGGAAAUUUUCCUGGGGUGGUACUUUAAGAAAGUGAUUUUUCGAUUUUCUUGAGAGUUUUCCCAGCAAAUGUAAAAAACGGCGAGAAAACACGUAAGGAAAAUGGGAAAAUCGGUUCAAUUGUUGACAAAGCACCACUAUCAACUGAACUCCACUCAAAAUCGUUUUUUCGUUCUCAAUAGUUUAUUGUUGCUUACAGGUACAUUAAAUUACCUAUAACAGUGGCUGUACCCGUUCCCAUUAUGCUAGGACAGCUUUUUGAAAAUCAUUAACGUACGUUCGCACAUUUCACGUUCAAACAAAUCGUUUCGUGUGGCCGUUUAGUGUGCCCGAUACUUCGCGUUAUCCGUAAAAUAAUAUGUAUAUAUAUAGUAUUAAUAAUAAUAAUAAUAAUAAUAACAAUAAUAUUACUGCAGAUUCGCGUGAGCGCCCGUAGUAAUUAUUAUUUACACCCGGGUCCGCGGGUUUCGCUCGCAGCGUGCGGCGGUCCGCGGCACCAUCGUCCGCGAAGCGUAUAGGUACGCGGCGACGGCGACGCAACGCGCGGGUCCGUUGACCCGCGCGCCGGUCGGGACGCGGUACCGGAGCAAGAGACUCUGCGGGCUCUCGGUGGCGCAUAGGAACACCGUCGUAUAACACGGCGGCGACGACGACGUUCAAGUAUAUUUUUUUUUUUUUUUUUUUUUAUACGCGUACUUUUGCCUGCCGUGCGAUAGGAACGCGACAGGGCUAUCUCGCGGCCAUCGACUGUGCAGCGUGCGACGACGACACGGGCGCACCGUACGGGAAACGCGCGGGAAACGGUCACUCGGGCGUCGGGAAAAGAUUUAUAUAUAUAUAUAUAGAGAGAGAGAGAAUGAGAAAGAGAGAAAAAGGGCCGCCGAGCCGGAGGAACAGAGGCGGCACGAACGUCGCGAUAUCCACGCGCGGUCCCGCGAGACGCGCUGCUCUCUGCGAGUAAACACGGCGUGCUGCUGCUGCUGCUGCUGUUUCUGUUGCUACCGGUAUAAUACUAUUACAUUAUCGCCGCAUAAAUUGAUUUCCGUCGGCGAUAUAAAUUAUUUAUGAGCACGUUGUCACUACGGGUGUAUAACAAUAUUAUAAUACACGCAUGAACCACCCCCUUUCCGCCCUCCCCUCCCCCAAUCACCGCCCGACUUGUCCGUAACUGCGCGAUGCGGCGCACCGCGAUCGACCGUGCGCGCAUAAAUAAUAGUGGAAAAAAACAAAAUAAUAAUAAAAAAAAAUACGCUGCACUCGGAUACUGUACGGGUACUACAAAGGUACACUCGAAAUAAGUGACGUCGCGAAUCGAGCGGAUCGAGGAAUAUUAUUUUAUGUUAUUUAUUAUAUUACGAAUAAAACGGUAUUCGCAGGUGCGAGCGGUGGUAUUUUGCGCGCGCGCGCGUUCCGUUUCCGUGCGGUAUCCUAUAGACGAUAUUUCCGCCUGUUUUUGAUUUCCUCUACGAUAAUUGUAUUAUAAUAUCAACGGCGGUUAACGCGAAACUACGGAUCGUUUCCGUAUAAUACAGCGUUGUGUGUACGUUUUCGAUUGAAUUAUUAACAUAAUAAGGCGACUAAGAUACAGUUAUAUUUUUUAUUUUCCUGUGUAGUUUUCUUGAUAAACGGGAAAAACCGGCGAUUUUUUGUUGAUUUCUGCGUUACCUCAGCAAUAAAUGAAAAAAUACGACUAAUAAUACUAUCUGCUCAGAAUAGUUUUUCGUUAGCGUUUCUCUUCCGUGUUUCCUUUUGAAACAGUGGUACGACCGUUGACAGUAUUGGCUUUUUUUCAUUAGUUUCUUGCGACUGUAAUGACUAUACUAUAUAUAUAUAUUAUGAUAAUCGAGUAGGUAACCGGAAGUGAUACGUAAACACUCGACCCGUCGUCACUUAGAAUGCUAUAAAUUCCUCGGAACCGUAUCGAGUUUGGAUCAACAAGUAAGUUAUAAUAUAUGGUUUUUGAAAUACCUAAAACUCUUAAAACCAACUGGUUUACAUUUUGGUUUGCGCCAACUCGGAUACGGGCUGUAAAUACUCAACCGGACUGUCCAAAAACAUCUAGUUGAUAAAAACAGGUGGCUAGAGAAUCGAGACGCGUAUUGAUAAUAAUUGAUUUCAAUUUAUUAAAAAAAAUGUGUUUUUUCCAUCUGAAUGAUGCGCGCACUCCAAUAAUAAUAUUGUUAACUUCACACGAAUAAUAACAAAUAGGUACUUAUACCAUCACGAUCGUGAAUUAUUUCGUAGAAAGUAUAUUUCGUAUUGUUCUACAGCUGCAGUUAAAAAACAUUAUCUUCCUAUAGUAUCAUUUGAAUUGGUCGUCGAGGUGGGUACCUAUAUAGUAUCCACCACGCGACGUUCACGAAAAUUAUCGUUAUAAGCAUUUGAACGGUGUCUUUAGAAAUCAACGCGACUCGGAAUGAUGUAUUUAAGAUUUUUCAGACGUUCUUUUCGACUUCCGCGCGAGAGUUUCACACCGAUCACAAUUGGUAAUAAUAAUAUUUUCGUAAAUAUUAUCAGGUAUUAUUACACUAAUUUCCACCUUACAGCACAAAUUAUGUAGGCAAGAGCGUUUGUUCCAAUCAAGAAGAAAAUGUGUAUUAAAAAAUAAAAAUAGAAAACCUGGCGUACUUCGCACCUAAUGGUAGGUGAAACGUUUGGAAGGCUUAUAGGACGAUACAGUUUAUAUAGGUUCAGUAUUUGAAAUCAUCUAUACAAAGAAAUAUUUAUCAAAUAUUUCGAUAAGUGAACAGUUACCUAGAAUUGAUCCGAACGCGUGUUUAUAGCUUCUUGUUGUAUUACCUAGGUACACUCGGACACUCAGGCCUGACAAUAAUGGUCAUCUUUAUGUGGGUCUAAACACGGGUACCUGUAGUCUUCGUUUAAACGUAUAAUGUGCUGUGCACAUAAUCGCAUUAUGCUGUCGAAUAGUACGAAAUCGCGAUCGUAUGUGUACCAGUCCGCCCAUUUCAUCAAAUGCACCUGCGAGUAACUCGGGGAAUCCUUUUUCAUGACCGUCACACCGCGGUUUUACGUAAACCUAUUAUAUCAUUAUACAUUCAAUAUUUGAAUGUAUAAUAAUAAAUAAUAAUAUAGAAUUGCUUUCUUUGUUUGCGCAAACUCGCAAUAAAGGUCCGUAUACAGAGUAAAAAUAAAAAUAAAAAAAAAAAUAAAAAUAAAAACGACGACGACGACGGACGAAAAACAAUGGCAACACAUGUUAAAAUAAUACUACGGUCGUGCCGCGGGGCCCCGAACCUCUUAUCGUCAAAAACGGGUUCCUUAUGGUAAUGCGAAAUGCAAAUUCAGCCAGACCGGACCGCAUAAAGUAUAAUAUUAUACGUAUGUACGUACACACGCACGCACGCACGCACACACGCAAGUAUACAUGUAUUAUAAGUAUAGCUGUACGCGUACAACGGGCGGGAGGUCGCGAUCGCGCCGCACCGUCGAACCGCCACCGCAAAUACUUAUUAUUAUUAUUUUAAGAUGUUAUUUCGUUAAAAACGUUUCGGUUUUUUUUCCGAUUUUUUUUCUUUCCUCCCGACGGCGAUAAAAUACGCGCCGUUGAGUUUAUAAUUACGCCUUCCUCCGUCCGGUCUCUUUCGCCGUCGCCGGCGAACGCGGACUCGCUAUAACGUCGUGAUUAUUGUUGUUUGGUCGUUUUUGCAGCAUCCGUCGCGCCGCAACCGGGUGUGUAAAAAACCAACGCGUUUUAUUGUUGUUGAAGAAGCGAUAACGUUUGCUGCACAAAUGGGCAGAUAGGCCAAUUUUGGCAUACCGAGAAAUCUUAAACAGAGCCCAUAAAAACAACCAUUUUUUUUCCGCUUAUGGGCCUUGCACACAGACCAACAUAUCUGGGUCUCUCAUACCUGGUUCGAUAGUUUCCAUUCAGUAGUGUCCAUCACCACCAAUAUCAAUUCUCCAAGGGGGCGAUUCUCCCCGCGGGGUCUAUCGGGAAGUACCCGGCUUCUCAGUCCGCCCGUUGCUUCGCGUUAAGUAUAAUGACGUUUUUAAUUUACCAACAAUUUUACAUUGAAACCCUGUAAACACUGUGUCUCUUGUAGACUCGAGACAAUAAUUAUUAUUUGCGCAGAAAUCUCACAGCUACUUAACUGUCCUUCGGAUCUAAUAAUUAUUUGCAAAUAUUGAAAUGAAUAAUGAAUUAUACCGUGCCUAGUCUAAUCCUAUACUAAUAUUGUUAUGCGAGAGCACUUGCGUUUGUCAAUCAAUUACGCCAAAAGGCUCAACGGACUAAACUUGGUGGACUGCACAUAAUAAUAUAGUCUCUGUGGCUCGGAAUAGGACGUAAGCUAGGUUUUAACCUAGAUUCGACCCCUGAAGGGUUUUUGAAAAAAUAAAAACCGUGAGCAGCUAUACUCCGUCAAUAGAAUCGAGUUUUUUAGAUAGAGAUUGAGAUUGGGAUAGAGGUCGGUAAAAGAAAUGAGAUGACAUAGACUUUGAAAAAAUAUUCAAAUCGUAAAUAGUAUAGGUAUACCUAUAGCUAAAAUCGUAAACCAUCGUAGACAUGCCGUCCUGGUAGAGAGAGUGUUUGAUGGAUGGGAGAUAGGAGUUACAACCGUACGGCCAUUUAAUUUGGCACGUCACGUGGGGUUCAACCAGUCGGAAUUAUAAGUGUUGCCGUUGCAAGACGAUUACAUUUUGUCUUAUUAUAUUAUCCCGCAUUAUCGAUAAUACACAUUAUUUAUAUAUACGUGGAAAUUUGAGUCCCGGUUUUGGUUCGACAAAAAUUAUUAUCGACGUGCGUUAGAACUGUUCAGUGCGCCACUAUACGUCUGCAACAUUUUCACAACACUGGGUUUUAAUUUCUUUUUUAUUUUAACGCAUAUUGCUGAAUAUGUUACUGUUGGUCCCUUGGUAGCGCAGUCGGUGUACAUUCGUUUUGCGAUCGAGCGGUGACGGUUUUUCUUCUUUUUUUUAACCACCUCCGAGAGAUCGUUCGUAUCGUUGCGUUUUUCGUUCACGACCGAGUCACAGUUUUCGCACGCGGUACGGGGAAAACAUUUUUUUUUAUUAUUAUUAUUAUUAUUAUACGAGAUACGAACUAAAGGGCAACCACCGAUCUCAACGGGCCGGUACGUCUGUCGUCGAUGCAGCAGUGAAACGGUCAUUACACGACCGGAUGAUAUAUACGACAACAAUGUUGGGUUUUUUUUUUUUGCCAAUAAAGUAUACAGCCUGCGUGUAUGUACACUAUAUAUUAUUAUAUCACUCUCGCGCGUUCCAGCCGUCUUCUUCCAGGGCCGUUCAACUCGCCUCGGCGACGACGGCUUGGACUACCACGACAAUACUGUCUGUGACGACGACGAAGACGGUAUGAUAAUGACCGAUUAUAAUGAUCGACGACUAUUGCUGCCCCCACGGAUCCGGUCUAGGACACGGCACUGUAACCUGCAGUAAUUAUACACUGGUCACUGGUCAACGGUAGCGAUGUGUGAUAUAAUGACUAUGGUUUACCCGUGUUAUUUCGUAAUUGCAAAAUUAUCGAGGAUUUGAACGACGCGUAUAGGAUGAGUAAAAACGGCUUUUAGUGAAAACAAAUAAAAUAAACACAUCUCAACAUUGAAAAGGGCGUAUUAUUGUAUAACGUAUGUAAUCCAAAAUCUCGCAAUAUAUAGAAGUAAAACAUAGGUGAUAAAUGAUACAGAAAAGAAAAUAAUCAACGCUUUUGAGAUGCGUGGCGCAGUACGAAGACGUGUGAAAACGAUUAGGUUGGCUCUAUAGGAAAAUAAAUGAAGAGCUAAGUACAAUAGGAAUAGUCAAAGAAAACGUACAUUCGUGAAUGCAAUUGGAGCAAAACGUUGAAAAAUGGUUGCAAAUACCCUGAGAUGCCAAUGCAGAGCUUCAAAACAUAAUUUUAGAGCAUGAUCAUAAGAAAGAGAAUUGUAGUACGACUAUUUGUAAUAACUCAUAUAAUAUAACGAGUUAAAAACGAUACAAAAUUCGAAACUUUUAAAGUAACUACUGAAUAGAAAAAAACGAGCAAUCGAGGUUGAAAAACAAUAAAUCGUAGUUGACUCACGAAAUCGCUUAACAGAGUAGUGAAGACUAUUUACGCAUUGGACUUGGAUUUUAAAAAUACAUUUCCAAUUAUUACAAUAUUAGAGAUUGAAUAUGAUACGUGUUUUUAUUAUUUAAUUACGUGCACCGUAGAAAGUUUUUUUUUCCAACAGAAAACUGAUUAAUUAAUUAUUGAAAUUGAGUUUCUUUACGGGGUAGGCGAGUUUACUCUGAAAUCAUAUUAAUAAGCAACAAAAUAGACCUUGCGUAGGAUUUCAUUUUUUUGUUAUGAAUUGUUAAAACGUUUUAAUUAUAAACGCUAAAAAUUGUUGAUAGUUUGUAAAAAAAACACCUCUAGUAAAGACUCUUAUUCGUUAAAUUCAUCUCACUUAAUGUAUACUUGUAUUAUAAUUUUGUGUGUUAUUCAAAUUUCAAUUGAAAUAAUUUUUUUUUUUGAUUUUUUGUCGAUUCAAAACAAUAAAGAGUAAACAAAUUUCAUCUUCGUAUUCACGUAAAACACAACAAAACUAAAGACUUAUUAAUAUAUUUGUUGAAUACAUAAUACGUAUUUUAUAUUAAUAAUUAAUAGUAUACUUAUGUUCUAUAAAAAAAUGUUUUUUUCAUCUAUUUUUUUUUUUUUUUUUUUUUUUUUAAAUACAUAUAAUAUACUUAUACGGUGUAUCAUGUCUACGCUUAAUAAUUGGUCGUUUUCAAUCAAUGGUAUCGGAAAUCUACAGGGUCUCGUGUAGAAAAAAAAAUCUAUACACAUGUAUUUAUAUUACAUAAAAAACUAUUAUUUUUUCUUUUUCACUUAAACGUCAGUGCGCUGUGUUGUUGAACCUGGUCACCCACUCUCCGUCAACCCCCCCGUUCCAGUACGGCGCGCGGCGACGGUCGUGACCCGUAGCUUGUCAGUGAUAAAUGGCCACCAGACUUUGGCAACGUCGGAACCUGCAUCUGAUAAGUUUUUUCUUUUAUUUCUCCGUUGUUUCAUCGCUCUUCCUUGCCUUUACUCUCCACCCCUUUCUCCUCCCUCCCUUCGUAUCCGUCGUAUAUAUAAAUACAUUAUAUAAUAUCGUUUUGGUCUACCUGUGUCGACCGGUUUUGUUUUGUUUUUUUUUUUUUUCGGAAACCUGUCGCUAAAUUCGUACCCAUACCAUUUUAUUAGUACCGGAGGGGCGCAGUACAAAUCGAAGGACCCAGGAUUCGUCUGUUUUAAAUGUAUUCAUUUGGAACGCAGUAAUAUUAUAUUACUAUAAAAUUACGCUCUGUGGGUAGAACGUGUUGACUACAUUGUCGUCGGCGUCGGAGAAGUUAUCGAGUGAGCGUUUUGAUAAUAUAGUUACGGUCCAUAUGGAUGGUUUGAGUCUAUAAGUUGUAAUGAUUCCGGGAAAAAGUUCCAUAUACCAAAAUGGUUGCAGGAAAUUACGGCCAGAAGAAAAAAUGAUCGAAUUCAAAAUGGUCGGAGGAAAAAAUUGGGAAUUCAAAUUAAAUUUGCUCGUCUGUCUAUUUGUGUAUUUGUCCGUAUUUUAUGUCUGACAAUUUUUUAAUUUGGUCAUCAUUAUUAUCGACCACUCGAUAUUUCACCAACCAUGAUCCAUAUUCUCCGACCGAAAUUUCAUUACUAUAUUAUCAGUAUAUAGAUUAUAUUCGAAUAUAGAAUAAUAACAUCGGACGGAAUUUAUUUUUCCAUUUUUGAACUCGAUCGAAUAGUUUUCGAUGAUGGCAAGGAUAUACCAACGAGAUUCGUCGAUGCGUUAAAAUAAAAAUAUUGCAAUCGUUGCAGGUAUAUAGGUAGCUACGCAGGCACUCUGAUCGGAAACCGUGAUUUUUACAGCGCAUAUAUUAAUUUAAAUACGCGUACACUAAAAUAUAAUAUAAUACUAAUUGAGCGAAGUCGGUAUAAACGAAAAAAAUAUACCAAUUGAAUGUACCGCGGUCGAGAAAAAUAAGAUAAUAAUUGAGUCCGUGCACUUGGUAAAUUAAAGUAAAAUGUACCAAUUUUAAGUAAAAAUUACACGGUUGUUAUUUCAUACUCUCCAAGAAACGAAAAUUAAUAACAAUCUACAUAAUAUUAUAGUUUUAGAGUAUUUUGUUCGAUUUAUCGACAACAGCUGCUUUUCAGUUAGUUAGGUAUUUUGGAAUAGAGAAAAUGGAGACAUUUCGAUAAAGAAAAAAGGCUUUUCCUGCCAGUGAGGGCGCCACUGUUUCAGAAGAAUAAUUAAAAGGGAGGAUAUAUAGAGUAAUUUAAUUUAUAUAUGUAACGAAAAAUUUGAGCACAAUAUAAUUUGUCGCAAUUUUCUAUUUGUUGCCAAAGUAACCUUGAAACCAACAAAAGUUAUAAAAAAUGCUAUUUUUUUUUUUGAUUUACCAAGAAAACUACAAAAAAAUAAUCAUACAAUUACUCUAUCCAAAUCUAAAAUGUUGCAAGAAAGUUACUAUAAAGUUGUUGAUUGGAAUAAAAUUUAUGACUGAGAAGUUCUUUACAGACUCAACAUAGAAAAUAAAAAACAAACACUUAUAAACACUCCAAUUACUUCGCUCAGAAUCUAAAAAUAAUUUAAAAAAUAAAGAAUAAAAAAUAAAGAUUUCAAUAAUAUGUAAAAAGUUUAUCGUUUAUGUUUUUACUUAAUACGUUGAUUGUGUUUAUUUAUUAUUUUAAACAACAUAAUAAUAGUAUAAGUACAUUUAAAAUAUUUCCGAAAUUUUACACCACACUAUUGAUUAAAUUGUUCAUGAUAAACAUUGAAAAAAAACGUUUAUAGUAUGUGACUAUACAUACCUGUAGGACUGUGGAAUAAAUUGUUAUUUGCAGUCAUCCCAACUCCCAAGUAAGUUAUGCGUAGGCAAAUGUUUUAUUUUCUUUAACGAAACCCCGAUUAGAUUUAUUCAAAAAAUGUACUAAUAGAUAAGUGUAUCACAAUAAUAUUGCUAAAUAUUACGGAACUCACUUAGCGCACGUAUCUCAAAAAACUCGAGACUCUAUAUGCGUUAUUUAUUUUUUAUUUUUGGUAUAGUCGUGUGCAGCCGAGUUUUAUCGCGCGAUUUAAAAAUUGUUAUCGUUUUUUCCGCGUCAAAACCUCAAAACCACUUUCUAUACAUAUUAUCCUCUUAAUAACUUACAUUAAAUUCGUUAUAAUAAUAAUUGUUUUACAUAAUAUUCUUUCGUAUAUCGUAUACACGCCUAUCUUAAAUCUGUUACGAUGAGUAUAGAAAUUGUAAUUUAUUUUACAGUGCACGCGGACUUUUAUUAUAGGCGAACGUGAGUUUUUGUAAUAAUUGUUUUACAUAUUUUAAUUUUUUUUUUUUUUUGAUAUAUAUGUAUAAACUGUUUUGUUUACUUAUAUUUCAUCGUUAUGGAAAUUUCGUGCAAACGUUUGUCGCAAUCUCGAUGUAACAUUUCGGACCGUUCGGGCGAACCAGACCAGGAGAUCGUUAAAAUAUUACGAAUAUUAUGUAACGGAAUAUAUUCUAUAUUAUUAUUAAAAAAAAAAUAAUAAUAAUUUGCAUAAUAUCGCAGUCGUAGAUUUUUAUUUUAUAUUAAUAUCGUUUGCGGUAUGCUGUAUAAUCUUCACGACGGUUUUACAAUUUAAACGAUUUGUUUAAAUUUAGACGGUAUAAGUAUUCUGCCGUGGGUAUCCGGCACUGUAAUAAUACGUAUUACCAUUAUAAACUUCGUACACACGAUUUCACUGCAGUUAAAAUUACGAGAGUACACCUGUAUAAUAUACCGCACCACCGGGAUUUACGCGACUUGGGAUCAGUAGACAUUUGCGCCGUUUUCGAACAACAUUGUUGAAGCUUAUUGUCGGAUAAAAAUCGUUUCUCGAUUAUUCCGCAUCUCGAAUCAAACGUAUUAUUUUGGAAAAAUAAAUUAUUCGAUCGUAUUAUCAGGCUAAAAAUAAACUGGUUAACGUAUUUUUUCGAUAGCCGUCGGGUACUGCGGCAAUAUUAUGUAUACCCAAACAUUCUCAACACUAUUAUAAAGUCCUGGUUUCUUGUCUCGCAUAAUUUUUAGAUAAAAAAAGCGCUGUUUUUUCAAUAUGUCUAAAAGAAAUUGCGUUUAUACAACGUGCAUUGUCUACGCGUGUAGGUAAUAUUUAUAAUAUUUCAUUAACAUUACGGUAUAAAUAUAAUUUUAUUUUUUACACGCGUUACACAGAGGUAUAAAUUAUUAUGUAAUUGAUUAUCGACUAUCUGAUCGAAACUAACUUCUGAAUGGUUCUGAAUACUAUCAAAUAACUUGUUUGAAUAAACAAUUCGAAUUCGAUCGAUUAUGUCCAUAACCGAGUGGUUCGAAUGCGAUCGACUAUCGAACGAUUCAAUCGUAUAACAUUGUCUAAUCAUUCGGUUGUGCAUAUUUCUAGAAGUAUCUAUAAAAACGGGAAGUAAUUUUGGUAUUGUUCCUAUAAUAAGGUCGCAAGAUGGCCUUUAAAAAAAAAAAAAAUUACCAUAGUUCUCUUAAAAAAAGAUUAUAAUAAAUUAUUAUUAUUAUUAUUUAUUUAUUGAAUGUUUUAAUAGGAUAUUACUGAAGUCAACUAAAAAUGACGUUCAAAUUUCUUUUUGUUUUUUUAAAUUUUACUUUUCUCCAGCGAUGCCAUUAUAUCAACCUAUUAUUUCAGAUGUAUAAAUGCGGUGCCUAGUGGUGUUAUAAUAAUAUAGUAAGAAAUUCAGAACUCAUGAUCCUUGACCAAAAGAAAUUGCCGUUUUUUCGCUAUCCGCGCGAAUGAUGACGGUAUAACUUCCCACAUCCAUUAAAAAAUAUUAAAACACAUUUCCCCUUAUACGUUCGCAUACUAACCUGUAUUUAUUAUGAUUAUUAUUUUUUUUUAACGAAUUUACAGUUACUUAAACUUGUUUCGUAGAAUUUAAUUCGUUAUUAUUUUAUUAUUUGUAUUUUUUUUUUUUUAAUUUGUUUGUUUUAUAUACAUAUAUAAAAAAUAGUAUUAUAUAUAUCCAACAACGGAAGAAUUUAUCAUCAUAUUUUUUCUUAUGCAUUUCAUUCGUAUUACGUCUUACUCGUCUUAGUGCCUUACACAAAUAUGUACCUACCACGUAUGUCUCUAAUAUAAUACUCUAAUAAUUCGUUAUUUGUAUUGCACAUGCCGAUUUUUCGUCUAUAACGUUACCGUAUUCCUAAAACCAUCAUCUUACAACGUGGGAUGUGUCGGCAUGUCGUAGAAUGUAGGAUACCGAAACAUUCAAAUCGCGUUGAAUAAUUUAACGCGAUCGUAUAACAUAAUACUUCUACCUUACCAAACUUAUUACGAUAGACGCCUUGUCCUUGUGGUUGACAAUAAGAAAUGCAACUAGGCAAUCGAGAUGCGUAUCGUUCGGGAAAAUCGGCAAAACAUAAACGUCCGAUCCGAUGGGAGUUAACUAGUUGGAAUAGCGCUGAAUUUCGAUACAAGACUGGACGAUAAAAUAUUUUCGAACCGUUUUAGUUUUUUGAUUGAACGUCAUCGCCACACAAUUUUGGAAGGCACCCUAAUAUAGGCUGCUGUCGUCGUCUAUCACUAUAAUAAAGCUGCACGUAUUAUGUUACUCGGGUAUUAUUCUAUUAUAUAGAUGGCGGUGUUAUAUUCUUAGUGACGAAAAAAAAAAAAACGACACUUUCUUUAAUUUUUAUUUUGCCGGCAGUGUACGCUGUACGUCAUAUACCUAUAUAUUAUUGUAAAUACCGCGGGAGAUUCGAAAACGUCAUCGCACUAUUCAUCCGGAACGAAACGCGCGAUUUCAAAUAACGAAAAGAGUAUAAUAAUAUAAAAGCGUUGUUAUAAUAAUUAUUUUUAUUAUUUUCGGAACCGACAAUUAAUUAGCUCUGCGCAGACACAUUCGGACCGAGCGUGUAGGUUUUUUUUUUUAUAUAUAUGCGCGUAUAAAAACGCCUUUCACGAUAUUAUUAACUCCAAAUGCGAUACGAAAACGCGCAUCUGGUCCCUCUGUUCUCCCUUCCCCCCAAUGGGUUUAUUCAAAUAUCAUAUUUUCUUCACGCGUAUUUGUUGAUAAAUGAACCGGCGACGGGCGUCACAUAUGUGUCUCCCCCGCACCUAACAAUAUUACCAAUGCACAAUGCACUUAAAUUUAAUAUAUUAUGUAUUAUGUAUUUUACCCACGUACGUAUGUAUGUAUAUGUGUAUUAUGAUAUUAUUAUAGCUGCUGACAAUAUAUUAAUGACUAUCGUAGUCAGGCGUUUUACCAUACGUGUACAAUGUAUUUUUUUGUAAUAUGGCGCGCGCGCGCUUUGUCACCGGGAAAGAGUCAAGCGCACGCGAUGGCGUCGGCGAUUACAACGCGCACGCGCUCUAUCUUUCGACGUCGUCCUAGACGUCAGGGGAUCGGGAAAGUUUCGCCGCCCACUCAGUCGCGUGCUUUACGGCUCGUUCGGAACAAGAGGAACGAAAGACAUACGGGUUUUCGUCCGGUCGCACACGGAUCCGUAGCCGCGGUGCGAGAGUUCAGUGCUAUUAACGAAAAAUCAAUAGAUCUUUACGCAAAAAAAAAAAAAAGAAAAAAUUAAAAAUAAAAAGCCGCCAAGAGGAAGAUACGAUACCCUUGACCCCUUAUUCCCCGGUAACCACGAGUCGACCACACCCUCGUAGGUAAUAUACACAUAUUAUACGUGUCCAUACAUAUUGACAUGACCGUUCCAAAAACGCAAUGUAUACUUUUUAGGAAAAUUAAAAUCGUAUCUGCUUCAUUCAAACUGCAGUUUAUCAUUUUUUUUACGAGGCAGUUAUGAAAUUGUAAGUUCUAUUAUAUAAUUAUAUGUUUAUGGAGAAUGCGACACAUACAGGAACGUCUACAGGGUGAUCAACAUAACACAAAAAACAUCGCGGAAAGUAUUAAAUUUUCCGGAAUUUACUUUUCAGAACAUUUAAAAAAUGUUAUAGCAAUACUCGAAAAUGUUACAUUACUCUUUUUUUGUCACCCUUAUUUUAGAGGGUGAAACCACUACCUACUUUUGAUUUUCAAAUGGCAAACUAUAUUAAUGAUUCCAUAAGUAUUAAAAUCAUCAAUACUGAUUUCAAUAACUAAUACUCCGUUUAUCAAUGGAAUUUUUAAAACAGGUUUAAUAUAGGCUUAUAAUAUUAUCCGAGAUAAUGAGUGUCGUACGUUAUGUUGAUCAUUCUGUCUAGCAACGCCAGUUACAGAUCCCGAUUUUUCUGUAUUUUGGAUAUUUAAAGGAGGUGUUUGUAAUUUUACCGAUAUACUGCUUCGUAGAAAAAAAAAAUUCACUGAUAUAGAUGGGAUAUUAUACUAGUGUUAUAAUUCGAGGAUACUUUGCACUAAAAUAAUUUUUUAUUAUCAAUUGACGUAGCUCAGGAACUGAUAGAAGAUGAAACCAUUAAAAAAACAAUCUUGUUCCUAACUACCUUACCAACGGUUAUAACCGUUUCUAAUUUUCAGUAUCUAGAUUUAAUGUGUAUAUCCGAAUGUCCGAUGUGUAUUAAGCCGAGUUCGCACAAUAAAAACAUUUCUCAAACAGUUAAAUAGUAAACAGUAAACAGUUAAUAUUACUAAUGUUACGAAGGUAGUCUGGAAUUCCGUUAUAAUAUUGUGUUCCGUGUUCUUGAUAUUUAAUUUGUAAAAAAAAAAAAUCAAUAAAACCUAAUAACUAUCAGGCGGGCAAAAUACAGACGGUAUUUGUAUUCGGCGCGCAAUCGAUCCGCGACAUCGAAGAAAAGUAUACCGAUAAAACUCUCUAAAAAUGGGAUUUUUUUUGUAAAUUUUCCGAGAAAGGAAAAAAAAAAUUCCCGGGACAAAGUCAACGCCUUCCGAUAUAACGAGCGUCGAAACAGACUCCAUUCGCCCUGUAUACGAGCGGCGCGUGCGACGCCGGGUAAGCCGCUUGAUCUCGGGAACCGUCGCCGCUGCCGCUGCCGCCGCUCGCGCCGGACCCGGGUACAAUAACCUCUCUCCGCGUCGCCGCGCCGCCGCCGACGACGACGACGACGUACUCGCGCUGCGGGGCGAAUGCCGAACUGGACCCGGCUCAUCCCCCGCUCCGUCAGAUCCGGUCGGGCGUCCGUAGAUACAGGCACCGAAAAGCGAUUAAUUACCGCGUCUCGCGUCCGGCCAUCGUAUCACAGUAUUAUUAUUAUUAUUAUUAUAAUUGUUGUUACAGCGUUUUGUUUUUGUAAUAAAAAAAAAAAAAAAAACAACGCUAUAAAACACUGUACCGAUACGCCGCGGCCGCCCGCGUGCCCACCCGGCUACGGGCGUUGGGGUGUUGUUGGGGUGGCUACACCGUCCCGCGGCCUAAAAUUUCCCGGGAUUCGCUCCCGAUCGGUAUUGAAGAAUUCGCCUCGAUCGAUCAGACUGUACACUCGAGGUACAUAUUAAUAACGGGUUUCUAUUAGGAACGUUAUAAUCGUCUGGGUAAUAUUAUAACAGAAGGCAUUGCGGAAUAGAUUAUAAACAGUUUGUUUACAAAAUGGCAUUAUUUUAUCAUUGAUACGUGUAUUAUACACCAUAUACAUAAUACGUGUAUUAGCACUUUUCAGACUCGGUUUUAUUUGAAAUUUUCUAGGUUUUUUUUUUUUGGUUUGCAAUUCAGUUUUGCAGUUAAUAAAUAAUAAUGUAUACUAUUUUCAAUUUUCAAAACACGAAUAAUCGAACUUCGUUCCGAAUCGUCUUUCGUUAUCAAUGGUUUUUCAACUUAAUGUAUCCUAGUAUCUUCCCAACUUCCCACCUAAAUCAAUGGCACACCCAUUCUCAGUAUCGGCACUUUAUUAAAAAUUGGUUUUCUUAUUGAAAUUUUCCCAGAUAAUAUUGCUGAUAUUUGCCCUAAAAUUAUUAUGGAAUUAUUAUCUCGUGGUCUUUUUUUUUUUUUUUUACCAGUCCGCGUCUGUACUUACACAUAGUAAUAGUAGUGUAGGUACGAAAAAUACGGGAUUAAAUGGCUUUUCAUUCCCGUUAUUAUAAACACAACAAUAUUAUCAGCAUUUAUCUUGCGGAAAUAAUAAACAAUCGAAACGAUUAGCGCUUACGUCAUGUUCUUCUAAUCAGUGUGUUAUCAGUAACAAUUUGGAUCGUUUGGUUCUGCACAAUUUAAUAGUCCCACUAUAAAAACACACAAACGUUUAUAUUUUAUUCAGAUAUAAGAAGCUAUAAAAUAAUAAUAACAGUUGCUCAAAUGAAUGUUUUUAGCAAUGAAAUGAAUAAUAUCUGCCUAUGCGCUUAAAAUGUAGAAUAUAAAAACUUGAAAUUUACUUUACGUGUAUAUGUUUAUUUGUUUUGAUUCGGGUCCAAUCAUACUCGACGAUAAGGAUUGUUAUCACAUAGAAUGACGUCACACUAAUCGUCCCUACGAUACGUUUAAAGGAAAACCCGAAGUGAAGACGGGUGCAAAGAUAACAAACCUAUUAAUAUUGAUGUACAAAUUAUAACUGUCAAGAUUUUUACGCGCUUCUUGGCUAAAAAUCGAAUUCGAUAUUUCGUUGCGAUACUAAUUAUUCGGCCGGUUCGUCCGUCUACCGCCCUUUUUUUUUCUCGAACUGAAUCGUCGUAGAUUUUUCUUUUUUUGUCAUCUCGUAGAAAUAAUUACCGUAAAAAUUAUAAAUUUAUUACUGCACGGCUAUAUAAAUUAUACGCUAUUAUAUAGGUAUAUUAUGCAAUAAUAUUUAUUAUAACUUGCAUUUUCUACAUCGUACAAUGAAUACAUUAUCCCGUCGCUUUAAAUUUGUCCAUAUAGGACAUACUAUAUAUUAGAAUAAUAAUAGAUAACAUCAUCGGAUCUUGUCGGAUUCCCGAAUUCGAGUAUUUCUAUAUGCAAAUCUCAGUCUAACAAUAACGAUGUUCGGUCGUUACAUAGGUACAUAAUAAUAUAGGAUAUCGCAUUAUGUUAUUAUAUACGGUUAAAUUAUUGAGCAUAUCCGGAAUUUGUAUGCGUGGGAUACUAUUAAAUUAUUCCGAAAAAAAAAAAAAAUGUCGUGUACAGGUAUACACGGUCCGAGGGAUUUGAAAAAUUCGAUAAAGAUUACAAAUAUAUUCGUUUUGAGUUACUAUAUGUAAUAUAAUAUAUUACGGGAUUACAAUUUAUUCGUAAAUCCGUAUAUAAUACCGCAAUAGGCGCGUAGGUAUUAUUAUAAAAAAAAUUAUAAAUCGAUAAAUAUAUUGUAAAAAAAAAAAAAAAAAAAAUUAUGUACGGCUGACAUGUCCACCGUUUGUACAUAAUAUUAUUCGUUGUUUUGGGUUUUUUUUUUUUUUUAUUAUACAUCACGUCACAUUAAAUAUAAUGGAAUUUUAAUGAACGUUAUCGUUAUAUGUAUACGGUUUUUUUUUUUUUAUUAUUAUUGUCGUGUAUAAAAACCGAAGUAAACAUAAAUAUACUAAUAAUAAUAUAUGCGUUUAAGGUUUUGUAUAAUAUUUUUUUUUCUAUAAACAGUUGUUAAGGGGGUGGGGGAGGAGAAACCAGAAAAUCCGAUGUUAUCUCAAAUGUUUUAUUUACUAACCUUCAAAAACGCACCGGGUAUAAUAUCGACAGACGACGACACAACGAUAUAUAACAAUAUUGUAUUAUACGACGGUUAUAAUGAAAAAAAAAAUAGGACGGACCGUAGACAUUCGGGGGAGGGGAGCUACCCACAUUCGACUUGUUGCAUAACCCGAAACCGGGUAAUAGGUAUAUACGCGCGAAGAAGAUCAAUGUUAACGAUCCGUUAUCAUCAUUUACAACGCGGUCCGUAUAUAGGGACGACAAUAAUUUAUUCUGUACGUACGUUUUCGAUUUUAUUUUUGUUUUUUCGUAUACAUAUAUACCCACGUAUUAUAAAAUCAAAAAAAAAAAAAACGUUAGUACGUUAUAAACUCGACGAAUCACGAAUCGCGGACGAAUAAAUCGACGAGCCCGGGUAUUUUUGACAAUACAAUUAUUAUUAUUGUUAUUAUUGGAACCCCGUGUACAAUAAUAUCGUAUCGCACGACGUUUGGUACGUCUCGUUGCGUGUUGAUCGGCCGUUAUUAAUGGUCGCGAUAUAACAAUAACAAUAUUAAUAUGGAUUUCAGUAGGCUAUGUGUACGUAGAUUUAUUACAAAUUAAAGUACGUUAUUUUAGAAAGCUCAUUCGUAUAAAGUAAAAAUAUAAUAUACAAAAUAAUUCGUAUUGUUACAUCCGGUUGCACUCGAGUUUUAAAACUGCGAUCAAAAAACGAAACAAAAAACAUAUAUAUAUAUAUAUAUAUAUACGCUUUUGUACUCGUGUUUUGAAAUCAAUAGAUGAAUUGUUCGAUACAAAAAAAAACAAAACACCCAAUACUCGAUUAUUUAUUAGUUUAUUACUGUUGCAGCUAUGACUCGUUAAGGAGAUGAUCGAAAAAUGCAAAUAUCGGAUAUAUAGAUGCGAUUUGGUCCGCGGUCCGGACCAUAAAAUUCAAAUUUAUCGGUACAUUUUUCGCGGUCGAUUUUGCUCCCUCGCAUUUUUACGGAUUGUAAUUUUUUGUAUAUACUUUUAUAUUAUUAUUUUUUUCGGAACGUGGUAUACCUGCAUACCGUGAAAUCUCUUCACUCGAGACAGAUGUGUAUCACGAUCGUCUCCUCGCUUCUGCAGGGUGCUUCGUCAUCGGUUUCGUCGCACACGCGGCACAGAAUCAAAUAUGGCACGGUCGAUUAAUUAAAUUCUUGCAGCGCAGCAGUCUAAGGUCACGAUAAGGUCCCGCGCGAAGGUCGAAAUGAAAAGGAAUAAAUCGACGAUAAAAAAAAAACCCUAUUAACGGGAAAAAAAAUACGAGUUGGAUGAUUGCGAUCGCAGUCGUGCAGGGAAAACAACAAAGAACCAUUCCAAACACAAUUCGGGUAAAAAUCGAUUUUGAUAGAAUUGAAAUGAACAUAUUGUAUUGAUCAAUUUGUAACGACUAUUGUCUAAUUAAAAUUCAAUUGUUCGUGUUUUCACAAUAAAUUUACACAUGGAACGUAAGGAAAAAUAAAGAUAAAUUGUAUCCGCAUAAAACCAGAAAACAAAAUUACUCAACAAUAAAUAGCUGGAAAAACCCCGGAAUUUUCAUAAAAUCGUGUAAAUAAAGUAAUAGUAUUUUAUAAAUAAAUUGUAUUCAAUGAAAAUAUCAAGUCUCUCCGAUUACUUUUUAGUGAAUUAUAUGCAAAAUGAAACAAAUACCGAACUAACAGUAUUGCGUAUAAUAUGCUCCCGUUUUUUCCGCGAUCUUUCCCCCAUCUCGAUUAUUAGAAAGGCUACAAGAAAAAUUCAAAUAAUUGACCUUUCCAAUGCACCGGCUAAACAGAUUUUGCUACCAGAAUCCAUAUUAGUAUAUACAAUAUCGAUGAUUAGGCCAAAAUUUCCGAAAUACAAAUUUCACGGACCAAAUGAAAAAAAAAUAAAUGCUUAGACAAUCGUCAUUCUUUGCCGUAGGUUAAAAAUCUAAGAUGUUGCAACUGAAAAAUAACAAUAAUAAAAACGUUGAUAAUAUUGACGGGUGUUCGAGUUUUGUAGGUGGAACGUCGGGAAGGCAAGAUGCACAAAUUAAUUUAAUUUAUAUCUGUGCGCGACACGAUAGUGUCGAUCGCUUGACGAAAAACUAUUCAGAGCGCAGUUCGAUUAAACGUACAGUUUUGAAUUAUCUCUUAUCAAAAAAAAAAUAAUAAUUUCUCCAUUACGCUCGAUUUUUUUUCUUUUUCAACAACCGAAUGAGACUCUUGACGAACCUCAUUUUCAAGUUCAUUUAAUUAUUUCUGGCAUUUCUGCACGGCUGAAACAAUUAUAAACGUAAACUCGAGUAAAAACAAAACUCGCGUCAUAUUGUAAAUAGCCAUUUGGUUCCUAUAACAAAAUAUGUUAUCGUUUAGAAUCUAAAAGAUCUAUAGACAUGAUAUCGCCGCGUUCAAAUAUUCCAAUUUUUAACAGGUAUCUCCCAUUCGUUACACCCGAGUGGUAUGAUAAUAUGUACAACAUUAGGUAUAUUAGAAAACGAAUUUAUUACGAUAAUAUUAUAGUAAUAUAUUUCACGGUGUACAAUAUAUUUUUUUUUACGUGCUAUAAAAAUAUUGUAUUAUAUAUAUACACACGCUUAUGAUUAUGAUUAUGGUGAUGAUAAUGAUGAUGGUCUCGAGACAUAGGCGCCAGACAGACGGAAUGCUGCUGCAGUUGCACAACACGUGUGUGCAUGACAUCGUCUAUCUUAAAUAAAAAAAAUAAAAAAACAUAAUAUUACAUUUAGGCGUAAUAUAUUUUAUUUUAAUGCGUUAUUAUAAUAAUAUAAUACAACAUUAUUGUAAACCUAUCGAAAUUAUUCACAUUUCCUUUUCCGUCGCCACCGCCGUCUGUACAAUAAUAAUCUUUUCACGUUGCGCAACCGAAAUGCGGGAUUUACAUAACAAUAUAUGACGACGAGGUUACCAAUAUACUUAACGAAAUUCCAAACGUUCGUAAUUUUUUUCGUUUUCCGAAUCCCGCAGAUAUCAGAUACCUACCAGUGGAGUGCAUUAUUUGUAUUCGUAUAUAGGUACAACCGGUUUUCCGAAAUUCGCCUUACAGUCAUAAUAUUCUGGAUUGCAUCGUCCGCGAAAUAAGUAAUUUUCUGCAAAAAAAAAAAAAAAAAUAUAUAUACUUACGUAAAAACAUUUUGGAAUCGUUUAUUCUAAAAUGUCACGUUGACGUAAUUUGUUCGCACCUUUAUUCCCGAUGGAGAAACACCCAGUUUAAUUUUCGAAAAAAAAAAACGUAAUAAUAUGAUAAAUGCCACAAACAUACGAAAUUUUAAAUAAUUUUCAGUGUUUGACAUUUUCAAUUUCCGUCGACCCGUUGACGAGAUAUUUCGCUUUUUAGUACGGAUACGAGGAGAGUAUAAAAUAUUACGGAGUAAUAACUAUAUUCGAACGCCGCCCACACUUGAAGGUCCGCGAAAAGUGCUACAAAAAAUCCGUAACGCAAAUAUUACAAAAUCCGUCCCUUUAUUAUUGCGUACGACAUUGUGGAGGUUACGAACUGCAGUCAAAAAUACGGAAACGUUCUGACUUCUGAACUCGAAAUAAAAAUAAAAGUAUCGGUAAAACCAUUAAUUUUAAAAUAAACAAUGUAAUAGGUAUUAGGUAUUGAGCGGUAUACCGGCGCGGCUCGUGAAUAAUCCUACCGAUGCGGUGUUUGACUCAAAUAUGAUGAUAUCAAAAAGUUUGAGAAUAUAAUAUGUUAUCAUUUUAUCUACAUAAAUUAUUAUUUUGUUUUUCCCGAAUACUGUACGAGACGACGACCAACGAACGGAUUCUAAUAGAUACCGAAAAAAAAAAACCACCCUCCAUAUACUAUUAGAAUCGCGUUAAUUGACAAACAUAUUAUUAUAAUUACGAUUAUGACUAUGCAAUUGAAAUCAUUAAUAUUAUUAAAAAAAAAAAAAAAACAACCCAUUUAAUAUAACAUAAUGCACAAUUGCAUAGCUCUCGAUUAAUAAUCAUAUAGUAUGUUUUUUACAUUUCUAAAUGGGCGCUCAUAAACGCUUGAGUUAAUUGAGUUCUAAUUAUUUUUCGUUUGUAACAAUACCAUUUAUUUUUAUGUAAAAGUUACGAACGUGGGCGAGUCGAGUACAAAAGAAAAAAUUGCAUAAUGUCGUAGCAAAAUAACAUUUAUCGCGUUAGUUUUUCUUUGUUCGAAUUAUAAAUAACCAACAAAAAUGCUAUAGUAGUAUUUAUCAGAAAAAUGUGUUUUCUUCUUCGUCGCAGACAAUAAUUUUUUCGGUUAGUAAAAAUGCUCCGAUUUUUUCUCGCUAUAUAACUUAUUAAAGAUGCGGAUUGAUUAAUCGUGAUUGAAUACUUUAGUUUAAACAAAACGUGCGUGUGUAUCGGUGUAAAGUGUUGUAUAAUUAUUUCUAUGUAUCGUCCUCGCCGGGAAAAAAGUGACCGAGAAAAAAAUACGCCUCGUUUCAUCUCAAUUUACGUAAGAAAAAUAAUUGUCCAAGCGAUAAAAAUAAUUUAUAAAUCACUUAACACGCAAUUCUUGAUUAAGAUCAGAACUGAAUAAAAAAAGGGAAUUUAAAUAUUUAAAUCGUUUAGCGACGGAUCGCACGACGGGGACGAUAUUAGGAAAUCGUUUAUUUUCAGAUAUAUCGUCGUUCUUACCAAAGAUUUUAUCAGUAUCCAUAUCAUAGUAAAAUAUCGAAUUCGAAUUGUACGAUUAUAAUAAUAUGUGUAUACCCGGUGAAAAUUCACGCGUAGUUCAAUCGGUUUUUACAAUGUUUAUAGUGUAUGAUGAGACAGUAUACAGUUUUUGGGAUACAUUUUUUUUAUCGGUUUUUAAAGUGCAUUAUCAUACAUAGCCUGUUGUUGAGAAAACGUAGCCCGUUUUACUGUUAACAUAUCGACCGAAAUACGUCUCUAUUACGUACGUUUACUCGAACGUUAAAACAACUAGCGUAGCCAUACACCUAUAUUACCUGUAUGUCUUUUGAUGGGCUCCGACGUAUUGAAUAAGUAUUGGUUUUUUAUUUUUGUUUAGUCUCCAUAAAAGUUUGUAUGUCGUAAAUAUUGUACAAAUAUCAUAAUAAUAAUGUAUACGUUUACCGUUUAAAUGGAUUCGAAAAGCAAAUUUUUACACCGGCAUUAUUGCAGGUAACGUUGUAGCAUAUUAUUAUGUAAAUAUUUACGAAUUUUAUGAAAGGCAUACAACUAUCGUAGGCAGUAGUAUUUCUACUUAGACCGCGUCGUACGUGUAUUAUUCUCGAUUUAAACUUACGGAACGAAUUUACGGAAAACGGUGUAUUAUGCUAAAUGUUAAUUUGAACUAUAUUAUUAUCAUAUUAAUUCGAUAAGAUGUUUCGCAUUGCCAUGUGCGGACUUUUGAUUAGACUUUACUUGUUAUUUGAAUAAAGUGUCUGUACAGAUUUACGACAUGGAUUACUGUACAAUUUUUAAAACAAAAUUCUGACAAUAAAAUAUCUCGUCGAUACGUCGGUUUUAUUUUUGUCGAUUACCGAUGUCAGUUACCUCGACUAAAACUAUUCCGGCCAGAAUCGUUUUUGCAAUGUCCUAUAUAAUAUAUUUCAUACAAUUUGAUUUUUAGAGUUCACGUAGGCAGAUCCUGUACAGCCCUCUUCAGUCGUGGAUCUCGUAAGUAUGGAAAUACGCACGGGUACGUCGACUUUCGUCGAAUUGUUGAAUUAGUACACGCCGCCGUCGGUGCAGAUUUCUCAUACUUACAAAUUUCCGUCAACUGUAUAUUAUUAUACACCCGCGAUAUUUAUUUGUAUUUUGGUUCGCAAAUAAUACUUAUAUAUAUUGUGAGAAUUAAUUGUUCGUGAAAGAUGCGAACAAUAACACACGAUCUUUAAAGUACGCUGUUACAGAGAAUACAGUAUAUUAUUACGUACUUAAACUGUUUGUAUUUCUUGUCCGUGCAUAAUUUGUGCACGCUUUCGUUUUUAUUCCUGUAGUAUAUUGUAGUAUUAUUGUUAUAAGUAUACUUAUACAGGGCCUGAAAUCAUGUGCAUAUAUGUCCCUAUAUGCUAUACACGCAUCACCGUAUAUUGGCUGGUUGUCUGAACAAUCGGUGUUGAAUAUAUGUAUAAAUAAUUUAUAUUUGUGACGGGUAUAAAUAAAUAGGACUUUUAAAUGGUAGCGAAUAAUAUAGGAGAUUUAAUGGUAGCCAUCCAUUAAUCGUCUGAGAAAAUUAAAAUUAGCCACUCGUCUUCUAUCGACCAAAGUACUUGUACCAAUAAUCCAAUAUUAUCUCGCUUGAAAAUUAAAACAUCGAAAUAAUAGCGCAAACGUUGCACAGAUAAUACGUCUGUAUGUUCGAUACUAGAUCAAUUCACUUUAAUAUCAAAACUAAUAGCAGAAAGUUGUCCCUGCUGAACGCGAAUUUGCUACGUACGUUUGUAAAACGGAGACAGUACGUGAGAGUUUCUGCACGGUUUCUUGACUUAUAGAUUUUUUUUGGUUGACAAGAGUGGGGGCAAAUUACUUAAAUUUUAGGCACUGUAAGUAGGUGUAUAAUGUGCAGAUUCCCCGUAGCUAUUUAAAAUCAACAAAACACAAUAUUCAAUCCGUUUUUACGCCCGUAUAUGAUUUAUAAGCAAAAUAUUUAUUAUGCACAACAAUACGUUUGUAACGUUUUCAAUACUCAUAUUUCACUUUGUCGUUCAUAUACGUAUAUAGACGAUAUUAUUUUUAAGUAGAACAAGCGAAAAUGACUAUUGUACACCUAUACCAUUAUAAUGUUAUGUUAUUUAUUUUAACGAUGACGAUCAUCGUUCUCGUAUUUAGACAUCAUUCGUCGUUGUCGUAAAUUUACAUUUUACAAAAUCAUGAAGUCAAAAAAUAUAGUAACACAAUAUAGUACCGUAAAUCCGUAUACGGCCGCUAUUAUAGUAGUCAUAUAUAUAUAUAUAUAUAUACAUAGAACCUAUCUUACUUUGUUUUUCCUUUCGCGUCUUAAUCGCAAAAAAAAGUAUAUUUCUUAACGAAUUAAAACUGUCGAGAAAUGUUAGCAAUAUAUACUCUGUCCAAUCGUAUAUACCUACAUGUAGGUAUUAUCUUCGUGUCCUUCGACAGUACAAUAUUUUUCGAUAUUGGCGUUUUGCACAAUACUCAAACACAUAAUAUAGUCAUGUCGAAAAUAAUAAUUAUUGAUUUAUAUUAAGGUUAUUUAAGAUUCUGACCAAAGCGAGUAAUGUACUGUUUUUACUAUCUUUACGGUAUAAUAUGUAAUUUUGUUCAGUCUGCGAACGGCUUUUCAGUUAGAAAUCUUGUGUAAUCAAGUAAAAAUUAACGCCGAGACCUGUAAUUUUUACCAAAUAUUUAUAAUUGCUUUAUAUCUAGACCAUUUCCACAGUUGCGGAUAGAAUCGUUAAAACCCAACAUUGACAAUUUUACACGAGGUUUAUCAAAGCCAUACCAACUUAAUAUUUACCAUAAAUGAUUUACGAUUUCGACCUAUAGUCUAAAUCAUAAAUCAUUACGAUUAAUUGACUAUAGGUAGUCGAAAUGUACUUAUAUUAUACUUUUUAAAUUUAUUAUAACAAAACCAAAAACCUGUUUUUUUCUCAAUUCACUUAUACCAUCCUGUAACGUUUAAACGGUUUCUUUUUGUUUUUCAGAAAUCGUAGGUAUUGAAAUUAUUAAUAAUUAUAAUUAUGUAUUUAACCGCCGCGUUCAAUGAACUGCGAUUUUUGGUAUGAACAAAUACAUCAUCAUUUUAACUUCAUAUAUUUUUUUAUAAAUGUAUAUAUAUGUAUUUUUUUUUUUGAAUAGAUUAUGUCAAUUUUUGCUACUAUCAUAUCAUAUACUUAUAUGAUAAUAAUAAUAUGUGUACGUCUCAACGAUAGUUCUUCUGAAAAAAAUAAUGUAUUCGAUUUGACCUUGAAAAAGUGAUUUGUACACGACGACGAUAGACCACAUGUACGAUGAAUAAUAAUAAUAUUAAAGUCAAUGUUUUUAUAUGCGUUAAACGGUUCAAUACUCGGAAAAUUAUAAAUAACUCUUUUUUAAUCUAUAUCAAUCGUUAAUUUUGUUUUUAAAAAAAUAUACAUAUAUAACGACUAAACCCUUUCAAAAAAAAAAAAAAAGUAAUAAUAAUAAUGCUUUAUAUUAAUAAUAAUAUUAUGGUAGACUGGGCGUAUGAAUGCAUCAUGAUGUACGGCGUGAACUUCAAAAUAAUAACGUUUUAUUAAAUACCUACACAUUGAUUGUUACUAUACACGAUUUAUAAUAGUUCAGCAACACGUCUUACAGAUACACAGUAGGGAAUAGUAAUCAUUAUUGAUGUAUACACACGUAGGUUUUUUUAAACAAAAACCGAUCGUUAUAUGUCUAUAAUAAUACAAAAAUGUACCGAAAUAACAUAUUAUAUGAAACGACUAGAUAUUUUACUGUGCCUAUGAUAGAAUCCCAUACAUGUCUCACUUCUUCUCGGGCGAUGAGGAAAGAAAAAAAAAACCGGCCGAACCAAAGUACAAAAAACUAGUACAAACUCUCAAGGGAGUUCAACGUCCUGAGCGUAAACCAAAAAACCGCCAGUGGUUCAAACACCACUAAAGUUAGCGGUAAAACGGUAAAAAGUGAAAUUCACUCCGGGUAGGUCUCAUUUUGAAUUAGAAAAGUUAACAAUUUUGUGCAUCAAUGCACUAGUGCUGCGCAUUUAUGCAAUUCGAUGAUAUUAAAUUCGUAGUGUUUACACUCAGGACCGUUAUUAAAUUUGAACUUGAAUAGUAAAUACUUUUUUGGGGGGAGGGGGAGGUUAUGUUAGAUUAUGUUAUUAUCACUUAUCAUGAUCCGGCGGAAAGUGAUAAGUCUCAUAAAAGGUCUGAAGAUCCAUAUUAUACUUAAAAGGCAAAUUGUAUCGAUUAACCUACGAAAUAUUUGUUCGAUCGUGAUGAUAUGAAAGUAUUAAAUUGUGCCUGAUUAUCAAUAUUUUUCAUACGAGUAUUUAUCACUUGAUUCAUAGCGUAAACAAAUAAUUCGUACGUUAAUCGUUAAAAUAUUUUGUCUUUUUGCGUGUAUGGCAUACGGAGAGUUAGGUUUACUCAUAUUAUAAUAUAGUCGGCUAUCUAACAGUUGUUUUAUGUAUCUGUGGCUGGUAUAAGUACUUAUAAAUAGUAUAUUAUAAUGUAAUGUCGCAGGUAUAGCCACCUACACAAUUAUUAUUAUUAAUAUUUCUAACGAUUUCUGCACUGCAACGUUUAUCGUCCGUUAAAGUACUCGUAAGAAAACGAGUGUAGUAUGUACAAUAAUAAUAGUAUUAAAAAAAAUACAGUCAUUUUUUUUUUUUAUCGUGACGUACUAUUAUUGUUAUUAUUUGUAUAUAUAAGCGUAUGUGUGUGUGUGUGUGUGCAUGUGUAAGAGUAUAUUAUGUAUAAUGCGUUUCGUUUUCUCCUCCGACUGUCUGUCAUUUAUCUUUUUUAUUAUUAUUAUUAUUUUUUAAAAAGCGGACGCGCAUUAAUGGCCAGAGUACGGCAGCAACAGCAGAUAGCGCAGGUCGUUUUGACGAAGUCUUUGGCUUUUGUUCGGUUUCCUCACAGUGUAUAAUAUUCUCAAGUUCACACGGCACAAACAUGCACAGGCCAUCGCAGUGCGUACCUAUGUAUACGUAGGUAGCUAGGUAUAUACCGGGUUACCUAUAUACCUGUAUAGAGUAUAUAGACGUGCGGUGAUGUUAACUACUGGAAGAGGAAAAAAAAUCGCCCCGCAGAUCGUUUAUCAAGAUUUUCCGCCUUUGUCCACGUGUUUAUAAACCCGGCGCGCGGCGUCGUCGUUCGUUUUGUCCGGCCGCCAACGUUUUUUUUUUUUUUUUGUACCGUUACACACAAUUGAAGAAGCACACACACACACACACACUCACACAGAUAAUAUUAUAAUAGUAUACGACCAACAUCCCCGGAGGCUUCACACACAUGCAUCCCUCGCCGAGCGUACGAGAGACGCAUUCCGACGUCGCCGUUGACGGAAGCCCGGAUGACAUUGACCGAAAAAAAUAACCAAUUACAAAGCUGACACGACGUCGGGAUAAUGUAUCAAAAUAAUGUGUUCUGCGUGUGUUUUUAUGCGUAUAAUAUUAGACAGUACGAUAUCAAACAUCGACACGCGUGUUGAAGUCAUAUCAUUUUAAUUUGUUGUUUUAGAUUCGGAGCGUAAUGAGUUUCAAAAAAUUUAAAAAAAAAAAAUCACCUAAUAUAAAAGUAAUAUAUGCCAUUAAAAAUAUUGGACGAGCAGAUGCGUUCAGAUCUUGGUAUGUUUUAGGUUUUGAGUGUAGCUAAGAAUGUAGUAUUGGUUUUACAACGAUGUUGUUGUAUUAUAUUUUUGUUUUUCCUGUUUUUUCUACCAGAAUUUCGCUCCGAAUUCGAGUGUAGUGUCUUAUAUGUAUCGUACGAUCUUUUCAAAACACGAAUUACCGAACUCGGUUAAAAAUCGUUAGCAACGAUUAAUCUUUACGUACAGAUGUACAUUAAAUUUCCUCUCUACAUUCCCAACUUUGUGCGAAGUCUUAUAUUCAUUCGUUUUUAAAAUUUGCUCACGUUGAGAACUAUAUAUGAAAUGAACUCGAUCCUUAGUGGCACAACCAGGAUUCAUAUUUAGGGAGGGGAGUGGUCUAUGAGUUUCAAGCAAAUUUUUAGGCUUUUUUUUGAUAUUUGGUAUAUCAAUACUAAAUGGGUGAAGUACACGACGUAGGAAUUUUUUAACCAAAAUUACAAGGAAAUAUAUGGAGUUUUUAAAAAAAAUGAUCAAACUAUAAUAAUUAGCUACUACAUAUUAUAUAGAAUUUGUAAAAAUUAUGAAUUAUAAAAUUAUUCGGUUUAUUGUGCGAAAGAGGGGGUGGUGGAGUUUCGACCGCCAAAAACUUCAGAAAAUUAUUUUCUUCAAUAUCCAUUUUAAUUUAGUAGGUACUUUAAACCAUUUAUGCAUAAAAAAAACAAUAGAUACCUACUUAAAUAAGAUUAUAAUAUGUGUCUUGGUAUUCGUAUAACGUUUUACUAAAUUUUAAAUAAUACUGUAAGUAAAAUAUUAUGGACACACAUAUCAGGCCACUAGGCCAUAAUAUGAUCCAGGCAAUCUGGAAAAUUCCUAUUUCCAGACUGGCCAUUUUGCCCCUAACUGUAUCCAGCAUCCUUAACUAUAUACCGGUACUAAAAAGGAGAUAUUAUAGGUUAGAUUGUAUAUAGGCAGCGAUCACGAAUAUGAGUAUAAUACCAAUAACGAGUAAAAUACCUCUUAAAUAGCUUUGAAUUAAAAUUCCGAUCAAAAUACAGUAGCGGGCGCCGCCGUUGGUCACGGACGUAAUAUUAUUAAUUAUCACUAUUAUUUAUCGCCGUGCGCAUUUAAAAGAAGAAAAAAAUUAUGAUAAUUUUUUAUUAUUUUUCUUGUACGGAGGAGAGAGUGCAAAAUAAUAAUAAUAAUAUACGUCCGGCAAAUGGCGUCGGCGGCUGAUAAAUCGGAUUGGAAAUUGGCCAAAAUCUUAUUAGGGCGAUACAUUCGAAAAGUCGUGUUUUAUAUAGGCAGGUACCUGACCUGUACAGAGAUACAUUUCAGCCUGCAGGGGGUAUAGAAAAUCAACAUAAACAUUGAGACCAAAGGUGUGCGCACGGGUACCGACAUGGCCGCCGUCUUAGGUACCUACGUAUGUACCUCUAUGUAAUGGAGGAAAGGUGUAAAACUGUUGUAAUAUUUUACAACAGUAAAACUAAACUGCACUUAGCAACUAAAAAUGCACCGCGACGGAAGUGUUAAUAACAAAGGAAAACGGUUUUAUAUAAAAAAAGAAAUAACUAAUAAUAAUAAAACAUUUUGGUUUCAUUAUCCUGACAAAGACUAUAAUAUGUUGUAAUAAUAUCGGUGUACGUACAGAAAUUACGAAAAAUGCAUAGAAUAAUAAUAGUAAUUUAGGUAUUCGUAUAAAUAGUUAUUAAAAGAUCAAGAGGGGAGAUGUAUCUGAUCUUUCCUCUUAAAUACGUCACUGAUUGAUUUAAAUUGUAAAAUUUGAUUACACUGUUAAGUUCUUGAAAAUACCGUGAUAAUUGAAAAUCUACAUAUUUAAUUUAGUUGCGCAUUUUGAAAGGUACACAUACCUAUAGGUAUGUUAAAAAUCACAUUUUAACUGAAUAUUAUUAAAAACUCGAACAAUAUAAUAUAUAAGUAUAUAAUAACAAGCUUAUUCAUUAAAUCACGGAAUGUUUAUAAAACAGAAAUUUUAUUUCAAUAGUAAACAUAUAUAUGAGGCGAGCACCUACUCUUAGAGAUAUUUGAAAUUCAAAUGUGCCCAUUGAAAUACAAUAGUAUAUUUUGGGGUGCACGGUUUUUGACGGCGUGCGUUUGUUGUUUUUGUAUUUUACAAAAAACACGUGUUCGACAAAAGUCGAUAAUGUAGUCCCACGGAUGAUUUUUUCCUUCAUUAUUCCAAACAUUAUUAAAAUCGAUCAAAUAUCAAAAAAUAAAAAGUUAAUCAUUAAACAAUUAUAGAUAAAUAUCGUAUAUGAUUAGUAGUACCGUGAUAAAUACUGGAGCCCCUCCAGUCUUGAUGCCCUAGGGUCGUGGUCCACCUGGACCCAUUCCACCUAAUCCGAACAUGAGUCCUUUGAUUCCACAAAAAAAAAUGUAGGUGUUUUUACCCAUGCACAGCUAUUCGCGUUUGGGGUCGAAAAGUAUUAUUAAUACACGUUAUCGAACGGUUUCGUUUUCGUUCCACCCGAAAUCAGGUCGUCGGUCACACGACCAAAUAUCACGAUCUUCUUCGCGAAUCGUUAUUAUACCCUUAUUAUUGUUUUAUCAUCGUUAUUAUACUAUUCAGUUACAUCCGUCGCUUACGAUAUACCUAUGUCCUUGUAACGUUUUGUGUAUAAAAAAAUAAUUCCGAAAAAAAAAAGCAUUCUAUUCCUUAAUAUUGUUAUUUAGCUAGGAAGGUAUUUGGCUAUUAUUUUUUUUUUCUGUCGCACGCAUCUAUACGAACGCGCGCAGUUAAUAUACACCCUCAAUUAUCCGUCCGCAGUGCAAGCUGUAUAAUGAGUGCGUUAAAAGUUAUUAUAGAAGCCGCGUUUAAAAGGAAAAAAAAAAUACUUACCUACCUAAUAAUAUACGUGGCUAUACGAACGCGGCGGUGAUUAGGGCGGUGAUCAAUGUAUACAUAAUAAUAAUAAUAAUAAUAAAAAUCUCUACCUACCUAUGUAUGUAAACGUUUCCCGCUUUGGUAAAAUGUCAUAAAUCUCGCGGGGGAAUAUUGAUCGUUCGGAAUUAUUCAUCAUCGCUCCUAAAACACGCUCGCGUAUAAUAUUUAAAAUUGUUGGCAAUAACUUCAAACGGAUUUUUUUUUUUUAUAUUUUUGCUUUCUCAUCGUCGCGGUUGCCGCAACGCAGUGUCUGUAUGGUAUUGAUGGAUUAGGAAAUAAACGUCAUUAUUGUCGAUAAUAAAGUCCGAUUAUUGUUAUUAUUUUCUUUUUUCGUUCUAUAGAAUCACGAUUGAUUAUUGACGAGUGCGGUUUCCAGUUUUGCAAUUAAGUGGCCGCUAUAUAAAUAUUAUGCGUUUACAUAAUGCCUACCUAUCGUUACAAUGACGUGACGGCCCGCACCGCUAUGGUGAAUCUAAAAGUCCUAGUUAAUAAAACUUCUAGCGGGAUAGGUCGCAAACGAAAUAUCAGUCGCACAAGCGAAAAGUAGGGUAUCUGGGAAGAAAACAAGAAAUAAUAUCAUCUCUUGUCUUGUUUUUUCUGUGGAACGCAUUGAUUUAUGAUUUAUCGUAAGUACAAUACCAUUGGAUCGCGGCCAUAGAAAAUUAGGUCCGACGAGUAUCCCAAAUCUACUGUCCGCUUACUGAGGCAGUUUUAGGUAGUCAUGAAGUUAGCCCCCCUUCCCCGUAAUUUGUCAAAUUUUACUCUCGAUUACUUAAUUUCAUAUACUAUUAUUUAAGGUCAUAACUGGGUAAUGGAAAAAUACAAACACAAAUAACGAAAAUGUUAAAAUUACUGGAAUACGCGGGAAUACAGUUGCACGUAAAUAGUCAUAAUACAAACACAUUAGCAAGUUUUUAAGAAUCAUAUACAGUUAGUAUAACCUGCAGCGCAUAGUAAAUAGAUUUUGAAUUUAAUCUGGCGAAUUGAAUAAAAAAUUCUGUUGGUCUAUUGUCAAACGUUAUCUGUGCAACAUUAUCUGCUAUUUGUUCGAUAUUUACAUUUUUAAUAGAAAUUCGACGAAUGUGCGAAAUAUCGUAAUUAUUGAAUGAUACGUUAAAAUCUCGCUUGGAAAUUAAUACAUCGCGUAAACGUAGCACAGAUAGUGUUCAUGUCUUAAUAUGAGUCGAUUCACUCUGAUAUUAAAACUAAUAGCCCAAAGUUGUUCCCGCUGAACGCGUAUUUGCUUUGUCGUUCGUUUGUAAGACGGAGACAACGCGUGCAUAUCACGUCCUCUUACUAGCGAAGAAUAUACUCGGAGUCUUAUCUAUAACUAGUCAAUAUAAAUAAGACAAAUUAACGAAAAUCAUAAUAAUAUGCGUAUAUAGAACGUGAAAAAAAAAUUGUUUAUUUUACGUUAUCUCUUUUUAAAAGAUAUUAUUUUCGUAUCUGUAUAUUAUGGAUACGACACAGCGCAUGCCGACUAAUUAUUCGUCUCCUAUACAGUUUUCAUAUAUAUAAAACCAUUACAACAAAUUAAAAAAAAAAAAAUCCUCUCGUCAUACAAGCAACUGUCAUGAUGCCCGAUGAUGUUGUGUUAAGAUUAACGUGAACGUCCUGAGUAUAACAUACCAAACAAUGUGAUAAUAUUAUAAUAACAAUGUAAAAAAAAUAAUAAUAAUAAUAAUAAAAUAUUAGGUAGGCAUUAUUAUAUUAACCGGAUGUUCGUGUGAAUGCGUAGACAGUUUUCUAUGUAAUUUUAUUACGUCAUAAUAAUGAUAUACGAUAUUAUUGUCUAUGAAAAUAGUACGAUUAAAAAUUAUUGACAGAACCGUGUAUUUCAUUCAUUUUCGUGACUGAUGUGUAAUAUUACUUAUUAGGCAGUGAAUUAUUUUUUUAAAUUUUAAAAAUUUGUUUUGCGUGUGUUUACGUUAAAUCUGAUUGUACUAUCAAAAUCGAAAUUACACGUUUAAGUACUUUUCUAGUUGUAAAUGAAGAAACCGAUAAAUGUGAUCAAAAAAAAAUACAAAAAAAAAAUGAACAAUUAGCCCCCCCCCAAUUUCGUUUAUGGUAAUUAAGUGUCCUAACCGUAAAUAUAUACUAUAUAGAUCCGAUCUUGAUCAAUAUAAAUAGACCGUCAUUAAAAGCGCCGACGGUUUCUUAACGAUGUACAUAUUAUAUCAUUACCAUUACCUAUCGGCUAUCACGAUAGAUGGACACGACUAGUAUAUAUUAAAAAUAAAUUGCAGAUUAGUAUAGUUUAAAGAAUAUUAUUAUUUCUUAUGACGUGACCAGAGGAGAUCGGAGACGAAGGGGAAUGUAACGUUGCAGAUAACGUUUGUAGAAACCGAUAUUUUAGAGAUCGUUGAAAAACCAGGAAAACUGUGACGGGCUGCAGCUGGCCAAACGUGCACGAAUAGAAACUAUUAACACCGGUCACUACUGCGGACAACGUCGGAACAAAACCCAAUAGAGGAAUGAGACAUCUUGGGAAAGGACGAGGCGAAAAGACGCAGUUGAAAAAAAAGAAGCACGUUAAACCUUGAGGGGAUGAGUCGAAUCAUUUAGAUGAUUUUGGCGGAAGAUUAUUUGUGAGACAUCGAGGUCGAAUAAACCCGAAAAGUAUCAAUAGAGGUCACGAUUGAAAACGUAAUAUAAAAUGUAUACUUGAACACGAAGUCCGUGUACAACUGAAUGGAAAAUUCGCAUUCACGUGCAUGUAUACUUAAUACACGCGAAUUUACUAUCCGUGUUUAAGUGAAGAUGCGUAUAUGUAACGAGAAAUACGUGAAUACAUUAAUGUACGUGUACACGUAAAACAGGAAGCUCUAAUUAAUAAUAAUGGUAAUAAAUUUCUCAUUACUUAAAUAUAUAUAUAUAUAUGCAUAUAUCGGUUUCUUUACGAACGCACUCGGUUAAAGUCUGAUCGCAGUCAAUGUACAUAAUUUAUACCGUUCAUUAUUUUAUAUUAUUAUUUAGCUAAAGCCGUAUUUAAAUAUUAUAAUAUACCUACGUUACAUUGUCCGGACACAUUUCUGCUGUUGCGAUUGCUCAUAAUAAUAAUAAUAUACUAUACUUUUAAAGGCGAGGAGUAAAAAAAAAAAAAAAAAAUAUUAAAUCUCCCGCCAACGCGUCAAACGAAAUAUUAUAUUGUUUCGUUUUCCGGAUAUGUACACGUAACAUACCUACAUAAAAUAUAUUAUAAUAACGUAAAACGCGUUUGCCAUUAAAACGAAUUGAUAGCCAAGUUUCACACGAUUUAAUUUCCCGUCGUUACCACUCAAACGGAUUAUUAUUGUUUAACGAUUAAUACGAGUUAUUACCUAUAAUGUAACACAAGGUGAGACAUUAAUGACUGCGUAAUAUUGUUAUGACGUCUGCGUGGUCAGUAUCGCGAACGAAAUUCAUCAACCAUUGUUUUUAUUUGUUUUCUUUAAGUACUCGAGCUUUAUGCACUUAAAAUCCACAAAAAGCCAUUUAAAAAAGUAAAAGUGGUAAAUGAGUUUAAAAGUCCCCUCCCUAACGGCUCUUACUGAUUGAGUACAAUUUUCUAAUACUAUACAAAAUCGACUAACAUAAAGUAAUUUUAAUUUAUUAUAUGUAAAAAACAUUACUUUGUGUUAAUCGGGUUUUUAAUGUUAGACAAUUGUAUUUAAUCAGUUAAAGCCUUUAGAGGGGGGUGGGGCUAUUAAACCCUUCUAUAAUUAUUGCUUUUUUGACGUUUUAACGUGUCUUUUGUUGAUUUGAAGUGCAUUGGAUUUAAGCCGCGAACUGAUAUUUUUUUAUAUAUGUGUCAGGUACACUGCAGAUGGCGUGCAAAUGUGCACCUACGCAUAAUAUUUCAAUAUUCACUCACUAGCUAGUUUGUGACUUUCUAUACGUAUGCGUAUAGCUGUUUAAUACCAAUAUUAUUGUGUAAAAGCUGUUCACGAUAAACGUUUUUGUUGUUUUUAGUAUUACUGCAUCAGGUGAGACAGUCGACUCGUGCAAAACCAUACAAUAAAAUUAAUACAAAAAAAAAAACAAGUCGUAUAAAUGUAUUUUGGAAUUGUCGAUAAACACGAUGAUAGUUAUUACAUUUUAUCGCACCUAAACAUUUCGAAGCAUUGUAUUUACCCAAAUACUAUCCUAAGCCACUGUUGUAAGUGAGAAGUUGGGAAGUUAAUUAUAGAAGGAAAUUGAAUUUAUAUAUGUGAGCAAUAAUAAAUUAUUGACUAUUAAAAACGAUUCGGAGUGAUAUUCAGUUAUACGUGUUUAAAAGGCCGUAAUAUUUACCAUUUUCUUCAAAAUUUGAUAUUAAAAUUCAUGUAAAAAUAAUAUUACAUAAAAAAUUUAAUUUUUUUUGAUGCAUUUCUGUUAUGUCAAAUAAUUUUAUCGAAUACAAAUUGCGUAAAACCUCACAGAACUAAAAUGUCUAUAAAUAGCUCAAAAGUGGCAUACAUUUUUUGGAAAUUUUAUUACCACAUCCAAAAAAAACAAAUAUGAGUAUUCUGUCUAAGUUUCAAGAUCACGAAUAUUUUUAACUAAAUUACAAUAAAAAAACAAAAUUGAAAAUAAUAAAAGCAUUACUUUCGUAAAUUUUCCCGUUUUGCCUAUGUUUUUUCUCAAUUAUUAUGAAAACUUCUAUAGGAAAAUAAAAAAAUGAUCUGCUCAAAGUAUCAAGUAGGUAAAAUUUACUUUUAGAAAAGGCGCUACACUUAAUACGUUGGAACAAGAUUUCAGGUAGAAUUUGUAGAAUUUUUGUACACAGAAUAAAAAAAGAAAAACACCAUUGCAAAACCAAUACAUUUCUCGCAACAUUAAAAAAAAAAAUAGUACCCCGUAGAUAUCGAUGGGUUUUUUUUUUUUAUUGUUGUCGGAGAAGACAUAUCCGUUCGAAAAAAAAAUGUGACGGUUGGUUGUAUAUUAUACGUCGGAUAACGCGAGGUGGUCGUAGUCCCCCACAGAAUUAUCGCGAGUGACCGCGUACAAUGUUCGUGCGCACGCGUGUAUACAAUAACACACAAAUUCCGACUAGUGAAGAAAAAAAAAAAAAUAAUAAUAACUAAUAAAAAAAAAAAAAAAAAAAAAAAAACACCCGACGGGAGACGUGUCGACAACACGCGCGCCCGUCCGUGCAGGUUGAGAAAAAAAAAACAAAAAUAAUAAUAGUAGCCGUGUUAUAGUAAUGUGUCCCCGGGUAGACAACCGAUUGUUAUAUUAUUGUAAUGUUAUAAUAACAUACGGGUAAAAUAUAUACGAAUUUUAAUGGAUCAAGUUAUUAAAACGAUAAGAGCGCCCGAUAAUGAAUGAUAAGAGCUCGACGAGAAAUCGAACGACACGUAUAGGAUCGCCGAAAGCGGCUUUUAGUAAUAAAAUUAACAAUUAUAAACUAUUCGCUUCGAAGAUCGUAUUAUAAUAUUAAACGCGAUUCAAUAUAUUAUCGAGAAGAAACUUUUCAACAGUAAUAACAGCAACAGUAAUACGGACGUGAAACGCGUGCGUAGAGUGAAUGUCACCGAAGAGAAAAGUCUUCAGAGGAGCCUUUGAGACGCGUGUCAGAACAAACUAUUUAUAUCCCGGACGCUCGAUUAUAGAGCAAAAGGUUUUGGAAAAUAGUCGGAUAUGCUCCGUGACAUCCGGACGAUCCGCGUAGUUGUGUUAUAAUGUAGAGGGCGUGAUUAAGGACAAAUUAUUUAAAAAAACGAAAAAUCACGCAAGAGUCAACAAGUUAACCGACGAGUAAUUUAUUGUCGUACAGACCGAUUUACGGGCUUAUAUAGGGGAGGGGGGUUGGCGGCGGGGGGGGGGGGUAAAUAUAUAUACGUAUUAUAUUAUUAGGUCGUACACGUGAGAUAUUGCGGUACAUGACCUAACCUGACCGCAACGACACAUUCGUCUGUCCGUCCGUGUAUAUUAUAACACAAUCGUAUCCGGAAAACGAAAUAAAGAGUUUCCCGAAGGAAAAAAAAACAUAAAAAAAUAUUUGAAAAAAACCUCGACCGUCAUUCGCCCCUCCGGAUCUUAACGAGAGCUACUCGGGACGGCCGUCUCGCCGCAGUAUUAUUUUUAGGCUUAUACGUGUACACGUAUUUUAUUCAAACCCGAAAAACGGUCUUCUAUUUUCACGCGCCGAUAGGUCCAAGUCGAUGCACACACACACACACACACACUCACACGCACACGUCACACGUAAUAAUUUUAUCAUGCCCACGUUUUUAACUCGACAAAAUACCAUAACCCCGGUUACGGUCAGACAGAUCCGGUCGGCGGCACACGCAGCAGACCUUAUGGGAAAUUCGACGUCGACGACGCACGGGGACCAACGCGUGCGUGACCGCCGACGCCCCCUCCCCCGCAAUUAUAUAGGUAUAUAUUUUUGAUUUUAUUUUUUCUAACGCGAUAAUAUUUGUCUGUGAAAUAUUUUAAUCGUACGGUUCGUUUUAUUAUCAUUUAUCAAACGUCCAAUAACUUUAUAGGUACUCGAUAAAAUAUGAAAUUCCAAACUAAUUCUGCAUUUUUAACUUGUUUGCUGCAGUAUCCUUCGUAUAUUAUAUUAAUCAAAAAGCUACGCGCGAUUCAAACAUUAAAUUAGAUAAGCAUUUUUUUUUCUACGACCUCGCAAAAACAAUGUUGACGCAGCAACAACAGAAAAAAAAACUAACCCUUGAAUUUUACGUCUACUACUAUGUUAUGAAGGACGUGGGAAAAGAAGGACAGUUAUAAUCCAUUCGGUCGGUUUUGAGAUAUCACGUCGUAUCGUCCGACUGAGUCCCAUUCAGUGAAAAAAGGUUAAAAAAUAUUGACGGUGUUCGAUGUUGAAUGCAAAAAACUGCUACACUGAACAAUUUUCGAAUUCAGACAAUUACCCUGUGCCCUUCGCAAGAAUGAUUAUUUUGAAUUUUUCGAAGAGUUAUAACGACGCUCGAUUUUAAGCUAUAAUUUGAAAUUUCGUAGAAAUUACGUGUUAAUACGUGUUAUAAAUUAUAAAUCGCUUCGCUCUCCCUACCUCCCCCUCAUCCACCGUUUCGGGUCGUAAUAAUAUAUUAUACGAGAACCGACGACGAGUUUUUCGGUCGGACGGUUUUUUUUUCUACGAAGGAAACGAUAUACGUUCGUAAGAUCGUGUCCAAACUGAAAUAUAUUAUUAUAUUUUAUUAUAUACGAGUCUCGUAGUCGUCGUCGGGAUUGCCUUGUCGGGUUACGCGCGACGACUGCGCUGUUUAAUGCGAAUUCCUUUGUCCGGUGUUUUUUUUUUCCGCCACCGACAGUAGCAACAGCAGCAGCAGUAUCGGCAAAACCGAUGCCUUGAACGUAUUAAAACGUCUUCGUUGGCGAGAAGAAGAAGAAGAAAAAAAUAAAUAAAAAUAAUAAAUAUCAGUCACGCGAAUACUCGAUGUAAUAUAUGCGCGAAAUCCUUGAGAACGUAUUUUCAUUUAUAAUAUUAUUACGAAGGUAAUAUAAUGUACCUACGUAAAAAUCGUUUCGGGAGGAAAAAAAAAAAUUCCGAAAACCGCGUAUAAUAUUUUUGAAUAUUUUCAAUUUUUUUUUUUUAUCGCAAUAAUAAUAUUAUACAUAAUAUAGGUAUCUACUGGUAUGCAUAUAUUAUAUUUACCUAUAUGUAUUCCAAUAUGAAUUAAAUUGCAUGAAGGUUUACAUAGAUUAUAAUAUUGGUAUUAUCUAUUAUGUAGUGUAUUUGCAUUGAUUUAUUUUUUUCGUUAAUUUAACUUGUAAAUUAUUUAUGUGUCGUAAGGCUUGCAAAAAAAAAAAAAACACCACCGUAAUGGUACGCUUAUAUAAUUCGUUAUGGAAUAUGAUUUUAUCGUCGGAAAUCGGCUAUACAAAGUAAUAUCAAUAACAAAUAUGUACGUUUAUAAUAUUAUAGGUGCGCGAUCAUUAUAAUAUUUUAGUUCCUGUGGGUAUCCUUAAAAGUGUUCGGCGGCAGCGGCGGUGGUCGUCGCACUGUCUAAACAUAUCCUACCCAACUGUCAAUGCACGCACACGCAUAAUAUGGUCGGCUCAUAUUCGUUUAUCAAUUUUUUAAAAUUUUUUUUAAUAGCAGAUUCUAAGCGAAGCGAUAGAUUUAUCGGUUUCUACUAUGACUCGUGUUUUUUCUUUUUAUUAUUUGAAUAACUUAUUGUUGUAUUUUUCAACUAUACUCGGUACAUUGAGGAGGACAAUUUUUCCCCUUGCAGUUUUCUACAAAUAAACGGGAAAACCUAGGCACGUUUAGUACAAUAUUUUUGUUGAUUUUUGCGUAUUAUACCACGUCAAAAAGGGAUAAAAUACUAUACUGAUAAUACUCUGUUUAUAAUCGCUUUUCGGUUGCAAUGGCCUAUUGUUGCGUACAGAUAUAAAUGAAAUCACGUCAUAUGUAUACAUAUGCAUAUAUAUAUAUAUAUCCUCCUUCCCGACUUGUCUUCUAAAAUAAAGUCGGUAGUCGCCUUUUUUUUCCUCCCUACAAACAAAACACUCUGCUCGAGUUUAUAAGGUUCCUCGUUCCGUAUCGUUAAUUUUUUUUUUCUUUUUAUACAGUCUCUCGUACCUAUACAUAUAUAUAUAUAUAUAUAUAUGUAGGUGUCAUUGCUUUAGACAUUUUGUGUACAUUCCAUAGUAUUUUUGUUUUCAAGGUCCCGGGCCGAACAUACCGCGCCGAGUAAUCUGUUUCUAUAUAAUAUUAUACGUGAUAGAUAAUAGCCCAGUGAUUUACAUUGUAUUUUUUAAAUUUUUUUUUUUUUUGAUGUGGUGGGGGAGACGAUUAUAAAACAUACUUACAUCUAUAAUAUUCGACAAAAAGUUCACGAAUUAAUAAAGACACGGGUUUGUCGUCGAUUUUUCACAAGUCUAGCCUACAUUCUCCCUGUUUAUAAUAUUGAAAGAUAUUUAUUUUAUUUUAUGCUCCACCUAAUAAAUUCCCGUGAACUUAAUAUAGUGCCGUUUGUUUGAACUGUUUAUCGUGUAAUAUUCUUGAAUUUUGAGAAAAUACACAAUGUAAACAAAAAUAUAUAAUGUUGCAGCUGCCACUGUUGAAGACGGGAAGUUUGGAAAAUAGGAUACACAGAGUGAUACAAUUUAUAUUUUAGCGCAACGAUCAUAGCGUAGUAAUCAUCGCUAAUGAUAAUACAAAUUUGAGCGAAGUUCCAUUAUACUGUGUUUUGUAAUGCUGUAAUUUAGACGAUUUUCGUCAACAUUUGAACUUAAAACGCUUAUAAAAAAAAUACUACUGCAUUACGCUUAACUUAAUUUUUUUUUUACCACUAAUAACAACUUAUAAUGAACCUCGUAUUCAAUUAUCAAUUAUUUCUGUUCGGCCGAAAAAUCUUCUGCGUUUACAUAAUGUGUAUUAUUAUAUUUUGGAUUAUUUUGAGUUACGAAUUUAUAAUUUAUUAGUACAAAAAAAAAAAACUCUCUCGAUACGACGAGAUUAUAAUAAUUAUUAAUAUUCGUAAAAGUAUAUUGAGCUACGCGGACGAUAUGCCAGUGAGGGGGAAGACUAUAGAAAAACAUUUUUUCUUUUCUUUUUUUUUUCGUGUUAGAAGACAGUUGACAGUCGACAGAUUACCUAUUACCAUUCUUUUCGACAAUACGAGUAUUUAAUAAUAUAAGGAGAGUGCUAAACGUGUUUAACGAACCAAAAAAAAGAUUACACUCGAUGGUAAAACACGUUUUUGAUAUAUCCGCCGCCGGGAUUAGCGUCCGAGAUCUUUUUUCUUUUAUUAUCAUUAUUAUUAUUUUUUUUUUUUCGGUUUCAAAUAUUAUACCCGACUUAUUAUUUUUCGCAACACACGUGUUGGAAAAUAUUUUUGUGUGCCGAAUUAUCCGUUUGGAGAAAAAAAUAACAAAAUUAUAUCCUUGAGAUUCUUUGCAACGACAAGAAUAUCUCUAAAUAAAAAAAAAAUAAUAAUAAUAGACACUGCAUACCGUAGAUAAAUGUAUGUAUAUAUAUAUAUUAUAACGCACCAUACACAAUGCAGUCUGGCGGCCUUGGUGAAUUUGAUGUCUUAUAGAAAUAAUAUGACGCCUAACCAAACGAUAUAUAUUAUAGUUAUAGCGACUAUUAUAGCUAAUAUUAUAAAUAGAUACCAUAAAAUUGCAUGCGUGUAACCUAACCCGGUUGUCUCGGGACAUAUUAAGAAAUGUUCGCGUUUUUCUAUGGGCGCUGUGUGUACAAAAAAAAAGCGCACACGUUUUACGAAAACAAUUGAUUAUACAAAACAUUAUACACCUACCUGUUUUGAUAAUUCACCUUAAAAUCAAAGUGCGUUAUUGUGCGUAUGUUGUAUCGUUUAAUGUUUAUAGUACUUGAAUAAAGGUAAAAAAAAAAAAAAAGGAAGAGUGAGGCAAUGUACAGUUCAAAAUCAACAAGUAUUCAUAUCCAGAUAGUAGUCGGUAGAUAAUAAUUAUUAUUUAUCAUUUAUCAUUAUUUGCGUUUAGAUUUAAAUUAUAUCGUUUUUUUCUUUAUCUGAAACGUAAAUACGAUACCGGCCACUGUUAAUCAUAUCUUUCACCAUGUCACCAUGGCACCAGGAAUGAUAAUUAAGUCAUGAUACGUAUACUGCAACAACAUUGCGGUUUCGCCAAAGCUUAUUUCUAGUACAUUCAUGUAGUAUAUCCUCCUUGGAUCAGUAAAACAAUGAUGAUAAUAUCGUGAACGUAUGCGUAGUCCGUAUUCAUCAUGAUAAAACGACUGCUCGGUCGUUGUUUGUUUUUAUGGUCGAGUCUGUGAUGAUUUUUAGUAUUUUUACGUGAUUUUUUCAUAAUUAUCGUGAAAAAAAAAACCGUAUAAUAAUUUGUUCUAUCAUGAAAAAACCACGUCUUGUCUGUCUCUCUUGCUCAUACUAAUAAUUAUGUCGGCUUCAGCGUAUUAACUCUACAUGUAAAACGGCCGUCAUUCCCGGUCUAUUAAAUAUUUAUCCUAUGUCUAUUGCUAAUAAUGCAGCAAAACAAACACCAUUCAUGUUAAUAUAAACACAUAUAAUGGUGCAUAAAACAAGUACAAUACUUCAAUUAUUCAGGAAGUUAAUAAUAACAAAAGAUGGCUGGAAUAUAGCAGACUUAGAUAACAGUAUAGUACAACCAAACAUGUCAGGAUAUAAAUCCUAAAAAUAAUAUGAUCUUAUUGCUAAGAAAAAAGUUCCUGAAGUGUAUGUGUAGAGUGUAACUCCAUAUUGCUGUGAAACUAGGACAAUCGGUAAAGAAGAAAAAGAAAACUUUAGACUUUUGAUAUGUGAUGUUUUGAAAAAUGCUUAAGAUUAAAUGGAUAGAAACAUUAACAAACUAAGAAGUACUGAACAUAACGAAGAAAUAACAAGAACUUAGUACGAAAGUCCGAAAGGACGAAACGAUAGGGCAUCUACUACUAGCUCAUCAAAAUGCGUUAUAGAAGGUGGCGCAUGAGAUCAUAUCGGUAUAAGAAAACCAAGAGUGGAGUAAACCGUGAUACGAGUACAUAUGGAUAAGGAUAGUUACAAUGUGUUAAAGAAAUUAAGUUACAAAAAGGAAGGACUUCGACAAAUCAGUCAAACGGUUGAAGACAAGAAGAGAGAGAGUAUUGUUUUUAUCGCGAUCCAGAACGAGUUGUCGAAAACCGUAUGAAUUUAAAACGUGGAAUUUUCGUUUUACAUUCUGAGCGAAGGGAGAAAAGUAUUGGUUUUAUUAUAUGAUGUGUGUGUCUGUAAAUAAAUUGUCUAUCUUGCUCCUGCACUCUAAAACUUUGUAGCGACUUUUUUGAAAAUUUAAUUUUUGUUUCAUUUUUUGUGGUUCCGGCAAUGUUUUUCGUGAUUUUCGUUGAUUUACGGGUUAGCUUGGCAACACGGGACAAAACACGAGGGGCCGUGCUCGGAACCGUUUUUCGUUAGCGACCGAUGUGAAUUCCGAAACGCCUCCUAAAACGGUGACACGCCCGUCAACCCGGUACCGGCCAUUAUUUUUUUCGCCGAUAAUCCGACGACGGUCGCGUUGUCGAUACGAACGUAUUGUUGUUGUUGUUGUUGCCGUUCAAUCGCCGUCGGAACGAUAACAAUGCGAUCAUAAAUAAUUACCUCAAUAAUUUUCGAACCGUUCGCGAACACGAUCGUCUCGCGCGCGUUUAAUACGCAUCGCAAAUAUGCAUCGGCGGACGUGCCUACACUCGUAUCAGAAAACGAUGAUAAUUAUCGCGCACGUCGUUCCGAAUUCUUAACCGAUAAUUUAUGCCGGGCGCGUGCGCGCGGCAGUGUUAGGCCGCCGAUCGCGUAUUUCAUUAAUAUUGUUGUCAUGUUAUUUUUAUAACGCGCCAUUAUGUUAAUCACGGUACCGUCUGCGCCGUUUCGUCAUGCGCAGUCGCAGCGGCCGCGGAGAUCUCGGCGAUCCGAUUAUUUCCGCGCCCGCCCGGGCCGUCGUCUCAGUCUUCGACCGCCGCCGCCGCCGCCGCCGUCGGACGGUUCGCCGACGGCGCGGCGACGUACGGGCCAGACGCAGAGGCCGGCGAACUAUACAAACGAAACGGCAACGGAAAAUACGCACGGCGAACCGCGAGAUGUCCCGAAACGACGACGUGACUACGUGACUCGUCGUUAAAAACGGAAUGUUCACCGUGUUAUUAUUUUCGCCGCGAGACGUUUGAUCGUCCGCGCGGAUUAACUGUGCGCGUAUACAAUGUAUUUUCUACUGGGGUUCCUGUAACAUUCCUGUAACAAUUUUCCCCGUGCGAACAUUUCUCGCGAUCAUUUUCUUGUUAGACAUUCCGCCGGGAAACUAUUGAGUAUACCGUGCGUACCGUCAUGAUCGUACGAUGAUAUUCGUCUCCCGGUACAUUCGGACGCUUAUAACAGCUAGCGACCCCCUGCGGGCCAAACGGGCGCCCGCACUCGCGGGAACCGAGCGUCGUACUGUCGCACAGUCUGGUCGGAUUUCGCCGCGCGUUGUUGCCUGCCUAUACGACGCGUACGCCUCCCGAACGAAGCCGGGAGGAUGAGAUUUGCGAGGCGUAAUCGUGGACGGGGCGGGGGAGGGGAGAGCGGGGUUUCGGCGACGUUUUUUUUUCGGCGAGCGAGCCAAUUUCGAUAAGCGCGUUUCGUAAUCCGCAGCCCUGUGACAACACGAAAUAACAGCGAGACGCCGUAAUAGUAACGCAUUGUGUGUCACGGCCGCGGAGGAAGAAAGCGAACACGUCGACGGCAAUAUAACAAUAUCGUUGAAUAACUGCGGCGGCGGCGGCGGCGUUGUACAUAAUGUCAUUAUUAUUAUUGCGUAUUACGCAUCGCUUUCAUCGAGCGGAUUUCAUCGGCGGCGGCCGCGCACCAAACAACAAUAUCGGCUGCCACCGUUGUUCCGUAUAAAAACCGUAUUGCUGUCAUUGCGCUGGCGGGCACACGCGGGCGCGAAAAAACCGCUCGUCGCCGUCGGCCGUCCGACGCACUGCGGUUUUUCGUUUCUCCGCCCAUCGGAGUCUCGUGUCGCCGCCCCCGUCGUCGUCGGGGGUGGGGGUGGGGGUGGCAGAGGGUAGGAUGACGGGCCGUAUAGAAUGAACGCGAAAGGAACAAAAAAUUCGAAAAACCGCGCCGCGCCGAGACGCCCACUCGUCGUAUCCGAUCGGAUAUUAUUAUCGCGUGCCCGUGCGCGAUGCGUGUUCACGCCGCGGAAGAACAAAAAUAUCACUACCAUUAUACACGCGGGCCUCUCUGGCCGCCGCCGCCGCCGCCGGUCGCCUCGAUUCGAGCGCGGGUACGACAAAAACAGUCCGGCGGCGGCGGCGGCGGCCGACUCCGGGGCCGUAUCGCGUGACCUUGUCAAGGCCCGGCGGAGUGCAUUGACCACGUUUUACGGCCGACGACGACGACGACGGCGGUAAUGAUGACGGACGACACCGUAAACUACAUCGUCGUUCCGCGCCCGGCGUGCGUGUACCGGCCGCAGCCGGCGUAUAGAAAGUCUCUCGUGCCCGUCGCGGGAUAACGAUAAUAAUAAUAAUAACAAUGUAUCGUCGUAAUGCCGAUAACCGCGAUAAAACGAUAAAAACAACGUUGUUUUUACGGUCGGCAUUACGGACGACUGCGGGGCCGAGCCGGCCGCGUUUCGGGUUUUUCGAAUGCGAGCGUCGAGCGGACGAGCGCCGGGUGAAGGAAAAAAAAUCAAAACAAACGAAUUUGCCGAGCCGUCCGCUCGACCGAUUCUACGUUAAAAACAUAGAAAAAAAAAAAAACGGUUCGUGGGCGGGUCUCACGGUCGUAGGCGAUAGGUUGGGAAGGUAGGAUAUACAGAGGGGAAUUAAAUUUGUAUAUAUAUAUAUAUCUGUACGCGACGGUUAAUCGUUGCCGACGAAAAACGAUUCUGAGCUAUCGGUCAAUGGUAUUGAUUUUUCAACAAUGUGCGUGUUCACGAUUGUUUAAAACAAAAAAAUUAAAAUAAUAAAAACUUAAUGUCAACAAAAAAUAAAGAAAAACGGUUGCCAAUGUACAACGCUUUAUUUUUAAUCUUUUUAUUUUUUUCUACCUUAAGAACCAGUUUUUGCUCAUUAUUUCGAAUAUUAAUGAUCAUUUCAAAAAAUUGAACUUUCUUAAGUACCGACUGAGGUCAAAAUGUUGCGACAAAAAAGAUAUCUUGUCGUACUUCGAUCGCAGCAAGAUCUCUAGGAGAAAAGCUGUUUACAGACAGAAAAAAAAACAACAAAAAUACGUAGUAAAACCUACAAUAGAUCGCUUCAUUCAGAAUUUUAAAUUUCGAUGUACUCUAGCGUUACGAUGACAAUCCAUUCUCUUAAAUUCAAACCGUCAACACGGUGAUCUCGUUGAAAACGUCUGCCGAGUUCGAAGGGUUAUGCGGGGCCUUAUUAACCAUUAGGGACUACAGACAAUGUGCUUAUGGCCUGUGCGAAAAACAGUCGGUUUUCGAAAAAAAUAUUAAACCCGAAAAAAAAAAAUCGUCUAUAUUUUAUUGAAUUUCAGGUAAACCGUGUUUUUAGAUUAUUUGCGCGUCAUGCGAUAUGAUAUAAAUUACUAUUGUGACUGUCAACUAGUGUCUUAUUGUGUGCAAUAAUGCAUUAAUAGUUAGUAUUCGCGAAUCAAUAAUAGUAAUUUGUACGGUAUAUUGUAGUCGCAGUUAAAGUAUAACUUCAUUGCCUGGUCUGGAUGGCUUUAUCCGGCCUUGAAGACAUGCAUACCUAGUCGUUACGUGUACAAUAUGUUUUCAAAUAAAACAGUCAAGUAAUCCAGUUAAACCAAGUACUCGACCGACUAUGUUGUGACGACGUAGUCGUCCGGUCGAAUUUGGUCGUCUCGACCCUCGUUUAUUGUAUCAUAUUUGUACCGACUGUUCACUAGUAAUCGGAUAAGACUUCUAAAAAUGUGCUUGAGUUCGUCAUGAAAUUAACGUGAAUUCGUGUUUUUUUCAGGUUAUGUUGUCAUGUUAUUUAUUCUCGAUUCGUACGAAUACAUUUGGUUUAUUGUAUUAUAAUAGAUACGACGUUACCUAUAAACCGGCAACAUUUCUAUACGAUUCUAUUUGUCGUAAUCUAAAGUUGUUCUUAUAGAUAAUAGAAAAAAAAAAGUAGUUUGAAGUUCAAGUGUUGAAAAAAUGCAUACAAAUUACAAAUAUUAACAAUAUAAUGAUUGAACGAGCUUCACUGUGAACAUUCAUUUCGUCUGUACUGAUUUAUCGUUGCGUUCGGUUUUUUCUAUUAUUUUUUUUUUUCGGUACUCCCUUCGAACAAUCGAUCCACCAUGCCCGCAGAAAAAAAAAAAUAAUAGCCAGGUAUAGACGUGAUUUUUGUUUUUUAUUCCGAGCUCUACUAAGAAUCGAUUUUCGGUAUAUUAUCCCAUUCCAACCCACGGACGUCGUAUUUCUUUUAUGAGCGACGUCUAAAUCAUCUUGACAACUAUUCUUCCAAUAUCUGUAAGCACCGGGCCGGGCCCAAAUCCAUUAUCGUAUUUUUAUCGGACGUAAUAAAUUUCGCCGAGACCGGUCGCCGGUCAUUCGUGAGCAAAACUCGCGCGGUUUACGCAGCCGUAUAUUAUUAUAAUAUUCAAAACCGUAUUUUCGGUACGACUAUAUGUGUAAUAAUAAUAAUAAUAAUAAUUUUGACAGGAGAAUGACAUAAUAUAAUUUACGUGGACCCAUGGGGCACACGGAGCGUGCCGAGUUGACUCCGAAUGCCAGGGAAAAAAAAUAAUACAAAAUAGGCGUAGUGUACUAUUAAAAUCUCGCUGGAAAAAAAAUAUACCUAAUAAAUAGGUACAUUUCGAGUGUAUCCAUAUAAUAUAACACUACCGUCUCGGAAAAAUUAUAGUUAUCGUCAACCGUAUAAAAUACUAUGCAUCAUAAAGGCAGUGGCAAUACAACUUUGCGUGGAUAAUAUAAAUGGAUAAUAGAUACCGUUUAAGCUUAUCCAAAGCCGGAACUAUUGGGCGGGGGAGGGGCACGGCCGGGUUAAGUACGGAGCCUAGGCGCCCGGACUCCAAUUCCUGAAAUAUUGAAGGCCCCGUGUACAUAUUGUCACUAACUGUGGACCCACUCGCAGUAUUACGAAAAUUAUUAUUAAAUUGACAAUAAAAAACUGAUACGUGAUGCGCCAACCGUUAACGGCCGGUGCCGACGCCCGCAGACCGCUAUUUUUGUAUCUGUCGUUUAACGUUUUACGGGUAUCUAUUAAACUGAUAUCGGUCAACGUGUUGGUAGUUUGUGUACGAUUUUAUGCCCAACCGAAUUUUAAACUACGACAUUUUAACCGAAGUCGUAAUAAGCUAAGUAAAAACGAUUUGCUAUAUUUAUGGAAUUGACAUUGAAGGUAUGCAAGCUUAGGUAUAAUUUAUUAUAAAAUUAUACAUUUAUUAAAACUCGCUUGGAAAAUUCCUGCGCUCAUAAUCAUUUUUAUCUUCAAUAAAAGGCAUGUAUCAAAACCAAAAAAAAAAAAAAAACAUAAUAGCUGAUUAUAAUCCCGUUUCAAAAAAAGAAAUACUGUAUUUUUAAUUGCACGUGUAUAAAUAAUAAUGUUGCGUAUAUUGUGUAUAGUGAAAAGAUGCCUAACGUAUGCAAUUAAAACAUUUUUAAAGAGAUUAUUCUGUACAAUCAUUGUACUUUUUUAUAAUUUUUGCAAAGAGGUAUAAAAUUGAAUUGUUACGGUAAUAAAUAGUGCAAGGGCCUUUUAAACUACUGGGACCGGUAAACUCUUAAUCCGGUACCGGGAAAUGGAUGCUGGUUAUGCGCAUUUACUGACGGAUACUUCUGUAAUCGAAUUUGUCCGUGUACCUCAGGGGACCAGGAGAGAAAUGGGUUUACGUGUUUUAUAAAUAUUAAAUUCUGAAGAGGGCGGGGGGAACACCGCUUAUAGUAUUUUUCUCCUCGGGUGUGAAAAUGUCUAUUCCGGCACGCAGCUUACCGCGCGGUACUGUACGGUUUUUUCGUCUGUCGUUAUGUUGAAAAUAACGAUUAACCAAAUUGCAUUUUUGAAAAGUCUACAUUCCAGACUCGUUCGUCUUGUCUCUCGUCGGUACAUAAUAGAAUGUAGUCGUCGUCUCGGGGGGGGGGAAGAAAAAUGAUCACUUCAUUAUUGUCACAUCGAUAUCGUUGACCGUUUAUAACAAAAUAAUAGUCGAAAAUCCAUUUGUUUUCGUCGACUUUUAGAUCCCGCGAGUGUGUAAUACAGCGAUAGACGUAUCAUAUUAUUUUACGAUUUGCGGUUUAUUUAAUUGCUUGUGUUCGUCAACACUCAUGUCGGAGGUUUUCCAAACUACUGUCCGCGAGCCGGCCCGCGAGGUAAAUAUUAUUUAAAUAAAAUACCCCCCCCCACCACCCCGUGUAAAAAUGUUUCAUAUUUCAAUUCGUAAUCGGACAACGAAACGAAACAACCGGUAGCCGGUUAUUGGACUUCGCGAUCUCGUCAACUGACGGUGAUCAUACCAAUCGAUAAGACGGCCAAAAAAUCGUCGUUAUCAACGGGACCGACGAACGAUGAUUUCCGGUUCAACUAGUUCAAUGUUAUUAUCACUGUCGAUGACGAAAUUCGCUUGUAACGCGGCGUUUACGAUAAUAUACUUUCGGACCGCCAAGUUUGUUUUUUUUAAAUUUUUUUUUCAUAUUUCCCCGAUGGUAAAAAAAAAUCUCCGGAUACCUGUGCGCCGUUUUAUUUUUUUCCGCGACUGUUCGGGUCGUUCUCGGUUUUAUUUUCUCGCGGCGGAUAUUACAACAUUACCGCACCCGGAGCGCAUCGCCCGUACGGAUCGUGUAGGGGUGACCAAAUUUAUUCGGAUCUACUAAAAAUAUAUUCCGCCGUUGAGGAUCGACUCCUAUAUGAAAAAAGUCUGUUUGUUUUUCGUUGUUGGUAUUUUUGUGCGCACUCGUCAUACUUGUACGGUUUAAAGAACGUCGUUACCAAUCGGAUACAACGGAUUCCGAAUCAACGCGGUGAAACUGGAUCGCCGAACUAGAAAGUGGAAAUGACUGCGCGAACGGUAAACGCUUAGGGAUAUGGAGCCGGAAUAAAAGAUAAAAACGAUCGACAAAUGUUGUCAUCACGCCGGUGGACAUUAACCGCGGGAUUAAUAAUUUCCGUGCGCGCGGCGGCCGUAACGCAAUCCCGGCGCGAUCGACUUUAAAACCGUCCGGGAUCCGGACCGCUUGGCCGCCGCCGGUCUUGGCGCCAUUACGGAGCGCGCGGGCGGCGCGUGACAAUAUUAUCGCGGGUGUACUGCGCGCGGGCCGCUUGAAACGUUCACGUACGGUGUAACAAAUUACGCGGCGUGACCUAACCGAAUAAUGCGGCGUUUUGCCGGGACAGGCGAUCCGGUCGUUUUUAACGAAUCGCUCGCGUUUCCGACAACGGCAACAAACGCGCGGCGUUGCGUUGUUACCGCUAUCGUUGUGCGCGCGUAACGUAUCUAUGUGCGCGCGUGCGCGUUUGUGUGUGUGUGUGUGCACGUAUUUAUCUCGGCGCCCGUAUAGUAUUUAUAGCCGGCGAAACCGGCGACCGUCAGGUCGGAAAGUACCGGGGAAAAGUGUGCGACCGACUCGUCGGACGGAAUGGAAAAUUUAAAAAAAAAAAAAAAAGGGUCGGGCAGCGGCGGCGACCGCGCGGCACUGGCGCGGGGCCGGAGAAGGCGCACGCGCGGGAACGCCGGCCCGCGAACGUUGUUGACAAACAAAUAACGAUAACGUUAACGAUAAUAACAUCGCGCGUUACACUUACGUUGUUACAAUACCGCGUGCCGGGAAGGCGUAAUAAUAUCACGCGGGCGCUCGUUGAGAAGCGAGAGAUUACGGCACUUGAACACCCUAUAGCGGCUUAAGGAUAGAUUGUCAGCCAGUUAUCGUCCGAUCGACCAUGCCGGUAUAUUGUCUUGGUCUAAUUACAACAAUAAUUAUUCCGAUUUAACAAUUGAUAUUUCGAACAACACGUAUUGAAAUUUGUUCGAACGGACGGCUCCGUCCAGCCGUAAAUGUCCGUUAGAACAACUUAACCAAUUUAAACAAUUUUUUUUUUUUUUAUGGUCGCCCGGUUUUUCAGUUGAAAAUUCGGUUUUUUCAAUCGGAUCUGUGCACAGCCCGGGUAGUUUUCGACCCACGUGUGUGAGUGUGCCGCGUCCCGUUGAGUAUUUACGUAUGUGCGCGCGAAAACGUAGCAACUGCAAUACCACGCUACUAAUAUAUCGUUUGUUUUCCGCGCGGAAACGUACGGUUAAACGUCGUCACAGUGUGUCACAGCGACAUUGCGCAAUGGGCAUAAAUUCGCCAUUACCGUGCGCCUAAUAUAACCAUGCGUAAGGAACGUACGAUGGGAGCCGAUGAGAAAACGACGCGAUAUUUCGAUUACGGCGCGUUUACAUGCGUAUGCCGGUCGUGCACCGCCUCUUAUUAUGAACUGUUAUUCCGCCGCGAUGAGAAAUUAACGACAAAUAACGUUGACGUCCGUUAAUGUUGCCACAGUGUUACCAAUUACAUUGUCUUUUAGAGACCACCCGCGCGCGUGUGUUCGCCGGGAUCGCCUAUAAAAACGGCUAAUCGGUCCUCGAAAACGUCAACAAAACUCCGUUAGGUCAUUAGAUACCGCCCUGUAGCCCGGCGGCGUAUUCAGUGUAUUGCGCCGCGGAGACUUUUACAUUUUGUCGUAUUGUAUUUAAAAAAAAAAAAAAAAAAAAAAUUAUAAUAUUUCAAUUCGUUUAUAAUUUUCCCGGUUAGAAUUCAAUCUUCUCUAAAAUUAUCGUCGGGAGCGAAUAAUUGUCCGCGGUUCCGGUCUCCUGCGUAGGUUUCCUUUUUUAACGAUAAAAUAAAUACGCUCGGGAGGGUUUUUAUUUUUGCAUACGCGUACGUAUCAAUUGCGUUAUCAACCGCUACAUAGUACAAGACGUAAUUGACACGUUAAACUGUCGAUUGUUUUUGUUUUCGGUUCGAAACGUUUAGACAUUUAAAAACGGACGGCGAACAGCGGAACAGUGAACUACGAAAACAAAGGUCGGCGGGCGGGGCAUGACACUGUGCAUCCACCCCCCCCCCUCUGUACAUAUGCCGCCGCCAUGCGACGGCUCCUACACAUAUUAUAGAGUAGUGCGGCGGUGUAUUUCGCAUUUUCGCCAAAUUCGAAAUUUUCCGAGGGGCGGACUCGGAAAAUUCCCGUGGUUUCCGUGGUCUCGAACCGCCCCGGGGCCCCUCGGACCUGUACGAUGUUAUCCGCUGUACUCACGACUCCGGCGGACGUUUCGCGAAAUACGCGCGUACAAUUAAUAAUCGCCGUGUGCCCGGAAAGUAAAUCGGUUUCACGAAUACAUAAUAUAUAUAUAGAUAUAUAUGUAUUAUGUAUUAUGUAUUAUUCGAGUGAUGAGUAUUAUUAUAAAGUCCGCAAGACUCGUAGCGUACCUUUAGAAAAAAAAUAAAAAUAAAAAAAAAGACGCCGUAAUUAUACGGUCUGUUCGCGGCGCACGCAGACGCGUACACCGUCGCGGCCGCUUUCACGCGGCCGCCGACCACCCGAGAUAUGGUCUGCCCGUUCUACACGUGUUCAUAUUAUAAUCGUCGUUGUUUUUGCUGUUCUUAUCGCGUGCGUUUUUGCGAAUUUUCCAGAGAGGACUCUUCAAACGUCAACGGCGGCGGCGGCGGCGGUGGCGGAGGGGGCGCGUUCACGCGCUGGCUCCGGGAGUUUCGGCGCGAGACGUACAAAGUGAACGCGACCGGAGGCGGCGGCGGCGGAGGAGGAGGCGGCGGCGGCGGUACUUACCACACGACGGCCGAAGACGGCAGGCGCAGGCACUCGUUCAACGUGCACGACAAAACCGUCGCGCACCGUCCGGAUCCGAGACCCGCGGGGCCGCACGCCGCGCGACCGUCGUCCAGGGUUCCCUGCAGGCGCGCCAGCAGCUCGGUGGCGCCAAAGUCCAGGUACGUACGUCACGCCGUUAUUAUCGUUAUUAUUAUCAUUAUCGUUUUAUAA